AUGAGCAACCGAUCCAGGCGCAACAAUUUGCGCAUUCGAGGCCUACCUGAACACCCCGUUAUACACCCACUGGAGAACCUGGUGGUGAGCAUUUUUAAACUGCUAAUCCCGGACGUCACUGAAAAUUUACGGCACGUGGAGCAGGCUCAUAGACCUCUCCGUGCCAGGCGAACCGUGACACGGAGGUGCUGACUCAUAUAUCUCACGGGGUCUGGGUGUCAGGAUUACUGUUUGAUCCAGCACGUAGAACUGUACAGCACGGAUGACAAAUAAGUAACGUAUUAUCGGUCCUUAGAAUGGCCAGAUUUAACGUACAAAGAAUAGUCAAAAAUACUAGCCGAGGUCAGGGAACACAGAAAGGGACACAGCGAUGAGGAAAGCCAGGAGUCAGGAUACCAGAAUAUAGAGAAGUCAAUAAACAAAGCCAAAGUAAAAAAACAGGUAGAAAACUAUAAACAGGAACGCGCUCUCAGACAACCACAAGGGAAACCACGACAGGGCACUGAGCAGGCUGAGAACUGGGCCUAAAUACCCCUCCUUUGGUUCUGAUAGGCUGUAACCGGCCUUUGACCCCAAAGUCAGUUACCAGGUUUCAUUUGCAUAAUUGCUGCUCAGCAUUAACCCUUCUGUGGAUUAGGUUGCUGCUCGGCACAACUUUUCCUGUGUGGACAGUAAAUGUCAUUAACCACUUUUCUAUAAGCGGAUGAAUACAUGACACCAGGUUUCAUUUGCACAACUACUGCUCAGCAUUAAACAUUCUGUGGAUUAGGUUGCUGCUCGGCACAACUUUUCCUGUGUGGACAGUAAAUGUCAUUAACCACAUUUCAAUAAGCGGAUAAAUAUGUGACACUGGGAAUGUGUAAGCCUAGACAGUCUUCCUUUUCUCUGUUUUCCUUUCUCUGUCUUUAUCUUUUUCUUAUCCUUUUUCAAUUCCUUUUAAGGGAUCGCUGGGGGGUAUGGGAAACAGUGGGGUGUGGAGGGGUGCCCGAAACGCUUUAUGAUUUGACGGAAGUAAAGACUUUUAAUAUGACUUGUUUUUCUAAGACUACCAUGGUGACCGACAUUAGCAAUCCACAGUGGUGGGAAUCAUUGCUUUGAAGAUUGCUUCAUUAAAUGUUAAGGAUCUCAAUGCUCCUAAAAAACGGUGUCUCAUGUUUUGUGAGCUUGGGCAUGUGCACUCAGACAUAGCCUUUCUUCAGGAAACACACUAACAGACACAUACAGUCACUAGCAGACACACACAUUCACUAACAGACAUGCAUACACUCUCACUAACAGACACACACAUAAUAACACACUCCCUAAUAGACACACUCCCUGACAUACACACACUCACACUCACUAACAGACACACACACUAACACACUAACACUCACACACUAACAGACACACACACACUAACACACACACUAACAGACACACACUCACUAACAAACACACACUCACUAACAGACACACACACUCACUCACUAACAGACACGCACACACUCACUAACAGACACACUAACAGACAUACACACUAACAGACACACAUACACACUAACACACACACACACUAACAGACACACACAAACAGACACACACACACUUUUUUUUUAAAAUUCAAUCCCCCCAGCCUCCUUACCUUUGGGAAUGCUGGGGAGGGGGGGUUCUCCCUUUCCCUGAGGUGCAGUGAGGCUGCUGGGCGGGCGGGCAGGCUGCGCUGGCGAGGGGGCACUGAUUAGUGAGCUCUCUGCUCAGCUCCCUCGUGCACCGCAGAGUGAUGCUGGGAGUCGGAAUAUGACGUCAUCGCAGAGACAGCUCACUAAUCAGUGCUCCCUCGCCAGCGCUGACUGCCCAAAUGAACGACCGGAUUUUUAGUUAGCCACCAGGCUAACAAGGCCUUGUUUGCCUCGUGGCUAAUACGUCCAACAAUAGGUUAGCCAACAAGAUUCAAUCAUUACCGCAUGGUAUACUGAUACUGGGAGGGGAUUUUUUUUUACAUUUUUUUUAUUUUAUAUUUUUGCAGUGCAUAAGAUAGGUACAGACAGGCUCAAGGUACCCCAACGGCAAUCCUCUUUCGACAUAUCAAGCUUACAACAGGGAUAGUAGAUUGGACGUGCACAAUCUUGUAUUAUAAUAAUCAACAAUUAAUAACAAGAUGAACAUGAGCUGUUUAUCAGAAUAUUGUCGAAGAAGUGACACUGCGCAUCUUAGGACACAUAACUGGCUAUGCAUGUAGGAAAUAGCUCAUAGUAGAGCAGUGAUGUCAGGUUUAAGUAGACAGCUUGUUGCAUAAUCAGUGUCAUAAAUACGGAAUAGAUCGUAAUAAAGGGGUGAACUAUUAUUAAAGGGACAUUAAGUCCACCAUUUGCAGGUUAUAGGUAAGUUAUUGCAGUAUGCUCAUUUUAGUAAGUAUGCCCCAGGGCGAUUAAUAUAUUAAACAUGAUAAACUGUGCCAAGGCGAUAAUUGAGAGUACCCCCCUAGGCCACACUCCCUAGAAGCAUAGCUACAUUGCCCAUGGAAGCACAAGAUUUCCCGCUAGAGCAAAGUUAGAGUUAGUUAGAAAGAGUAUUAACGAAGUACGUGAAAAGAGUACAACAGAAGAAACACUUACUCUAUUAAAUUAAAUUCCCACAGAUCAGUAAACUGAAUGGUUAAGGCAUUUAACCCCCAGGACUAUACUCUCUGAAUGUUAGCUGCAUUACUCAGAUUAUUCCGCUUUAGUGCCAUCUGGUGGCACUUAUCCCAUUAAGAAUCUCGGUACCUUUUCUCAGUAUGUGGAGACAAAAAAUGGUACAGUAGAGAAUAAUCUAGUGUAGUAUAUCUGGAAUAGAGGUGAGUAAUAUGUAACUUUAAAUGGAUGCUCACCUUAUCCAGAGCCCAAGUACAUGGCUCUGGUUUAAACAGCUUAGGUGUCUAUAGAGAGGACACCUCUCUUCUUAGAGCAGACUUAGGAGAAUCAGAAACGGGCUUGAGUAAAAAAUAAAAUUUAUUCCAUAAAUUAAAAAUGAGAACAAUAAUACAAAUAAAUAAAUGAAGAAAAUGUCCAACAAGAUUCCUCCUUUCCGAGACGCAUUUCACCCUUCCUGAGGGCUUUCUCAAUCUCAAUGUCUGGUAAAUAGUACACUAGAUGGAUGGACUAGGACGGAACAAAAAUUACCUUAGCAGAUAGACGUGCCAUGGCCCAGGACUGGCUCAAGCCCACUACCGACUCUAUCUCAACAGUAAUGGACAAAAUAGAAGACAACUACCUUAUGGAUAAAUUGACGGCACAGGUGAGGAACUCUAUACCUAAGUUUGAAAAGAUCUGGGAACCCUGAACUGAAAGUGAGUACGUUGACUGACUGAAAUGUUACUUGUUUAAGUUUCAACGAGCUGUUCUGCGGGAGCUCCCUUCCAUCUGCCUCCCUCCUGCCUUCCCCUUUUUAAUGGGUAUAACAUGGUAGAAGACUUACCUCUAUUGGCGACCACCUUUUCUUUCUUCUUCUCCAUCUCCUCUUUCUUUCUCUUGGUUCUUUUUAUUGUUUAUCCUCUGCAGACUCCCCUAUGACGCAUUCUAGCCGAAGAUAUCUCCACAGGGAUAUGAAGCAAAGUUUUUUGUUAUUUUUUAAAUUCCUUGCUCAUAAUAGUUAGGCUCUUUAUCUAGCCCAACAAUGCUUAUCCAAAUACUGAUGUUAAGUCUAUCAAAGGCGGUAUGGGGAGCUUUAUAUGAUUACAUUAACGAAACUCUUUCCUUCAUUUUAUAUAUAUUAUAAUAAAAACCUGACGGGGUUGUUAACAAAAAGCCUCAGGAGGUUCAGAUAAUUACCGGUAUCUCAUAGCUCGCUUUAUUUAGCGUUCCAAUUUGUUAGAUAAGAUGCUGAUUCUUGAAAUAUGUAACACUGUCCAUAUCUUGUUUUUGAUAUGGUGAACCUUUGUAUAAUGUGAUAUAUGUACUACUCUGCCAGUCAAAAAUAAAGAAUUGAAAAAAAAUAUAUAAUCUCUAUUCCGAUUAAUAAAUUAUUGAUAAACUAUAUUACUGCUUUAUAAUGUUGUGUGUCAUCUUAUAGCUUCACAGUAUUAAUAAGAUAAUAUAGACUUGCCAGAGUGAUGUAUUUUAAGCACUUACCUCAUUUUUCAGUGUGUGGGUAUAAAAUGUUAUUCUGCCCUUAACGCUCUUCAUACUGUAGUUUGGCUUUUUACAAUAAGAAAAUGUUUGUUUCCAUUUAUUUAUUUUUUUCAAGUAUAUCUGUAAUCUUACUUGUCUAGCAGUGUAGCAUGGACAAUGUUUGUAUGUGUUGGUGCUUGCAAUGGGAGAGGCAGAAUGUACAAUGUACAUUUAGAAGUACAUUGUAUCACACUAUACUGCUAGUUGGUCACAGUGAGCCCUCUAGUGUUAGCCUUGGGAUACAUAGACAUCCUGUGGUAAAGUGCUUCCUCUGUAUCUUCCCCAAAUUUAGUUAACUUUUCACCUUAACAGUGUAGCCUGAUUGCUGACAAUUUCUGCAUAUUUCAGAAGUGUAUCUAGAGCAGUAGUAAUCAACCUUUUUCUACCUACUGCCCACUAAUGCAUCUUUCUUGAUGGAAAAAUGUGCUUACUGCCUACCAGUUUUCGCGCAAGUGCAGGAUAUUUUUUAGAAUAGAGGGUGUUUUAAAAAAAUAAAUGUACGUACAUUUAUCUUUUUUUUUCUACUUUAUGCAUGUUUAUAAUGUUUGUUUUUUUUAAAUAUGAUUUUUAUUAAUGUAUUUGCAACGUAUUUUCAACAAAAAUAGGCAAGGGGUGGGGGGAUGGGACUCGCAGGUCCCUGGAAACAACAACAUAAAGUAUUUGCUUUUGGGCUCGCAGGCCCCAUUGAACGAUGCGGACUCGCAGGUCCCACGCAUUCCAAACAGCUAAUAAUGAGUACCUUUGUCCCAUGUGUUGCACUCAUGAGCAAGGCAUAAAAUAAGAUACGAAGGUCCCUAGGUAUCCUAGUCAGAUGGCUCAUAACUUGAAAACGUAAACUAUCAAAAGAAAACUAGUAUCGAGUGGACAGAUAGAGGAGCACAAAACAUUGUGUUCCGAUAAAGUAAUGUCAGUUUGUCGUGUAACAUGUCUGAGUUGCGGGAUUACGGCCGUCAGGCCGUCCCUAAUUCUGUCUGCAGUCGCUUGCCGGAGUUCAGGUGGUGAGUGUAGUAGCGUGUGGGUACCCUAAGCCGUUAGAUGUCGGCGUGUGUGUGUGUGUCCGUGUGGUUGGGGGAGGACCGUGUCCCUUCGUUUGUGGGGUGUAUUGACUUAGCUUCCCUGUGUGGUUAUCGGGUAACAUGUGAGGGUAACGUUCUGCUUUGACCCUGGUAGUUUCUUUGAUGUGGCAUGUCAUGUGUGGUGAAGCUACUAGAGUCAGGGUAAGUAUAUCUUCUUGUGUGUGUUCCCCUUGUCCAGGCUGUUGGCACACCGUGACCCGGUCGUUGGGGUCUUUUUUUUAACCUUAGGGUAUGGUACGUGCGCCGCGUUGUCACCCAUGAACGUCUGUUUGUUUUAGUAUGUUCUAGAGGUGGCUUGUGUGUAUAUUCAUGUUGAUCGAUUCCCUUAAUCCUCCCCAAGUGGUCGGGUCCUGUAUGCCGGUUAGUGGGCUUGGUCCCCUGUGUCUGGUCGGUCAUGUGGUGGUUUUCCUUGUGGGUGUUCCGUCUUGUGGCAGGCGUGCGCGGCCCCUACCUCACCCCUGCCCCCGCUCCGCCGGCGUGGCCGCCCGCACCCCCGGUCUCCCGUCUCUCGGCAACAUGCCCCACCCACGGCCCCCAUCGUUCCACGUAUUUUUCACUUUGUCCCAUGAGAGACGCCCUCAUCUUUUCUGCGGAGCGGAUCUCCUCAACUCUGUCGUACCAUUGGGUUAGCGUUGGUGGCUGUGUCUGUUUCCACAUCGCAGGUAUGAGUGCUUUAGCUGCAUCCAGCAUAUGUCGCAAUAUGGAUUUUUUGUAUUGUGAGAUUGGUUGUGGGGUCGAGUGUAGUAAGUAUUGUUCCAUGUUGAGGGGGAACGGUUCUCGGAGGAUCUCAGUGAUUUUUGUGCUGAUUUGGGACCAGAACGGCUGUAUGAUUGAGCAGUUCCACCAAAUGUGGCUGAGGGUACCUUCCUCCUCUCCACACCUCCAGCAUAUGGAUGGGACAUUGGGAAAUAUCUUAUGAAGACGUGUUGGGGUUUUGUACCAUUGUGAUAAGAGUUUGUAAUUGACUUCUUGAUAUCGGGUGCUGACCGAAGAUUUAUGGUGUAAGAUGAGUAUUUUUUCCCAUUGGGUGGGGGUAAAUUCCUGGUUUGUGAUGCUUUCCCAUUGCGUCUUAAAUGUGACUAUUUCUGUGCGGUCACCUGUGAGGACGUAUUGGUAAAGGUAUGAGAUCGCUUUGCCUAAACUCGUUUUGGUAAGACACAAUCUCUCAAAUUGCGUUAGGGCCCUGUGUAAGGCUGUUCUAUCUCUGAAUGAAUGGUAGAAAUGUUUUAGUUGAGUAUAGCGGAAGACUUGCUGUAGGGUCGGGGUUUGUGUAUUGAUGGUUUAUAAUGUUUUUAACUUUAUGAAGUUUAAUGAGAAAACAAAGUAAAUUGAAAUUACCUUUACUAGUGAUUAAUGAGAUCCUUGAGGUUGAUGCUGCGAGACUAAAUAUUUGAUAUCUGGUUCGAUUUUCGUAAGGAACAAAGGUCUCCUCUUUCGGUGAUAUUCAGACGAUUUCUCUGUUUGCUCAUAAUAUGAUUUCUCAUCUGUGCAUCAGCUCCCCUCCUCUCUCCUAAAUUCACCUCUCCACCUUUUCCCCCCCUUUGUUUCUAUUUUUUAACCUUCCUUAUAGCAAUUCUCAGUAGGAAGGCUGAGCUAGUUAGCCCACUUACUAUUAUUAGCCAACAACAAUUCUCUCCUUUUCCUUAUUUCUCCUUUUUUACAAGUACUCUACUCCUUCUUUCUCCUUUUUACAAGUACUCUGCUCCUUGUUUCUCCUUUUUACAAGAACUCUGCUCCUUCUUUCUCCUAUUCUACAAGUACUCUGCUCACAGACAAACACAUACACACACACACACACAUUCACAGACAAAAACACUCACACAUACACUUACAGACACACACAUUCACACAAACAUACACUUACAGACACACACACACAUUCACAAAUACACUUACAGACACACUCCUACCGGGAGAGCUGGUGUGGAUCUGUCCCUGGGGUCCAGUGGGGCUUCACUUCGGCAGGCGGCAGAGUUCUAAUCCGAGGCGGCGAGCUCUAACCUCUCUGCUCUGCUCCCUCGCGGGCUGUCUACUGAUGCCAGGAGCCGGUAUAUGACAUCAUAUUCCGGCUCCCGCGGCAUCAGCAAACAUCACGCGAGGGAGCAGAGCAGAGAGGUUAGAGCUCCCUCGCCGCCUCAGAUUAGAACUCUGCCGCGCCAGGGGGUCCAGAAGGUGGCCUGGCAGGAGGGAGUGCUUCCCUUCUGCCGGUCACUGAAAUCUUGCGCCCCCAAACCACUCGCGCCCGCCCGCUCUUAAAAGGAGAAAUCCUCUCAAAAAGAGGAUUUAGCCGCCAAAAUCCCUACCGCCCACCUGGAAUCCUGAAACGCCCACUAGUGGGCGGUAGGGACCAGUUUGACGACCCAUGAUCUAGAGUGUCCUUUCAAUUUGUAGUGGUGACCAGAGUGUCCUUUAAUGUAACCCUGUCACCUAAAAAAAUCUUUCCAUAAAUCAGUUUAACACAAUAAUGUGUUAUAAUUAAAGCUUUUUUCAUUUAGUUAGCUAUUGGCUAUUUACUCGUAAGUUACAUAAGAGACAUGUGUCCAUCAAGUUCAGCCUUUCUCACAUCUUUUUUUGCUGUUGAUCCAGAAGAAGACAAAAAAAACACCAAAAAACAACAGUUUGAAGCUCUUCCAAUUUUGCAACAAUCUAGGGAAAAAAAUCCUUCUUGACCCCAGAAUUGAAGUCAAUCUCUCCUCGGAUCAAGAAGCUAUUACCCUAUAAUUAAAAAAAUAUAUAUCCCUAAAUAUUAUGCUUUGCAAGUAUCCAUCCAGUUGCUGUUUAAAAAUCUGUACAGAUUCUGAUAAAACCACUUCGUCAGGCAGAGAAUUCUACAUCCUCAUUGUUCUUACUGUAAAAAGAAAACCAUUUCCUUUGCCUUAGACUAAACCUCAUUUCUUCCUGUCUAAAUGCAUGACCUCAUGUCCUAUGUUUAGUCUUGUUUAUGAAUAGAUUUUCAGACAAUGGUUUGUAUUGGCCCCAAAUAUAUUUUAUAUUAUAUUUGUAUAAUGUAAUCAUAUCCCUCUGAGGAGCCAUUUUACUAAACUAAAAAGAUUUAAAUUGAUUAACCUUUCUUCAUAAUCAAAAUCUUCAAUUCCUUUUAUUAAUUUUGUAGCACGUCUCUGCAAUUUUUCUACUGCCAUAAUAUUUUUUUAUUGCCCCAAAUUGCACAGCAUACUCUAAUCGUCUGGUACAAUUUCUCAAUGUAAAGAAUCUUGAAAGAUUAAAAAGAGGUCCACUGGCAUUUAUGCUUACAGUGAUGUCAGUGUUUUUUGUACAGGUGGCUAUCUUGCAAUUGGAUCACAAUUUUUCAUAUCCUUAAUGAAGAUUACAGUUAAAAAAAGACAUGUGCUGAGCGAGUUCCUGAGCUUUUGAAAGAAUAAUUCCCUUCAGUCUACAGAUCUUGCCACAAAACCACUUUUACCUUCAAGGGGGCACCUUAGUGAAUUGGGAGAUACCAUAUUUAAUGCCUUCCUCACUCGGUUUUCUCAGAUUGAGAUUAUUGCGGUCUUCAAGCGGGGCUUGGCGUGGGAGAGGUGUAUGCACUCCUGAUGCUUAAUCUGGCUUGUCGGAUCUAGCUUAUCUGCCCCCCCUCUGAACCUUGGACUGGUGGGGGCUAUCCAGGUCCCAGGAGCCCAUCUUAUGCUACAAGAAACAUACAGUUCAGAUGGGCCAACAUUGCUCCCAAUAUGGCGGUCGUCGAAGCCAGACUCAAGCGCAACAUUUAUUACAGUUUUACUGUCUAGGCUGGACCACAUCUUUGCAAAAUUCCUGUCAAGUAUAGCAGCAAGGUAACGGAGAAUACAGCCUCCUUAUACCGAGUCACCACAUGGUAGAGAAGAAACCUACAUAUAUGUUUGUGAGGACUACUACUCUGGGGCCUGUGAUUAGACAGAACAGUCAAUUGGAAUCUCUCCUUUAAUGGUGGAUGCAGGCGGGAUCUGAUCCUGCCAAUAUUUCUGGACCUGGAGUGCUCAGGACUGAGAUUGUGGAUGUUUGGAGUCAGGCUUGGGCCCAAGGUCCCGGGAGUGCCUUCUACAUUGCCCCCCCAAGAUGGUGACUGCAGCUUUUUUUCUCAUCUCAACAUGUAUUGACUAUGAUGCUGUGUGUACUCAAGAUAUAUAUAUAUAUAUAUAUAUAUAUAUAUAAGCAUACCAAUGCUGCCUUUUAUAUCUGUGAACAAAACUAUUUUUUUUUCUAAAUAUUGUUUUGGUGACUACAGUUUCCCUUAAAUUCGCUGCCCCUUUGUUUUACCUCCUUUUUGCAUUUGGGGAUUUGCGGGGUACAAGAUCAUCAAAAAUCAAGUGCAGUGCCCCUCAAUUUGUAAGCUGCUGACCCAGUUGCCAUAAGUAAAAUGUAUGGACUGUAAAUCAAAUCCACUGCACUCCACUACCCUGGGAUUUCCAAAAGCACUAUUCAAUUUUGAGUACACUCCCCUUUUUAGAACACUGCGCUCUAACCUUGCAUCCUGGGACACCAAACUGAUAUUAUGGCUUGGAAGGAUACAUUUUGUUAAAAUUAAUCAUCUUCCACAGUUCUUAAUUCUGUUCCCGGCUUUGCAUGUGGUGGUCAAGAAACAGAAUUUGGAUGGACUGCAAUCCUGCUCCAAAUUUAUAUGGAACACUAGAGAACAUAGAAUUGCUAGAAAACUACUUUAGCUGCCCAGACAAGUGAGAGGAUUUGGACUUCCUAAUCUAUUAAUGUAUAACUAUUUACCGCAAUUGGCGUAGAUUGUAACCUGGUACAUCCCUCCAGCAGUAAGGUGUGUCGAUCUAGAAUUGUCCUUAUUGUUCUCAGAUCUACCCCAAUUCUUCAUUUCGCUUGACAAAAAUCAAAGUGCAUUGUUGAUUAUUGACUGUCCUGCUAACUCAUUGACAAUUUAAUACCGUAUGCGUGGUAAACUCUCCUUGUGUGCAGUUUUGUUCUCCAAUGGUAUCCCCAUGGAAUGCCUGGCAGGUAUUUUGGUAACUUGUAGAAAGCUGGGAUUCAAUGUUACAAGCAAUUGUGAAUGUUAAUAACAUUAUUAGUUUUGACGACCUUCAUCAGGCAGGACAACUGACUUCUCGAGAAGGAUAAUCUGGAAUGGGUCGCACGCAAAAAACUUACCUUUUUAGAGUCACUUUGCAAAAUGGAGACCAGACAAAGGGUCUGAUCACCACAAUUUACACUUUUAUUUGUUCUAAUUCUAUUUUUGGGGUGCUCUGACAUACACUUAGCAAUGUGAGAUGGACCUGAAUGAGGUUCAGGAGGGAGAUUACCAGCGCCGCUGUGUCCAUGACCCUCCAAGAGCAGAUGUUUAAGCUCUUGUUUCUGUGGUAACAUACUCCAGUCAAGAUGUCCCACAUGGAUAAACUCUUAGAUGACUUGUGCUAGAGGGGUUAUGGAUACAGAUGUACAUAUAUCCACAGGUGGUGGACUUAAAUUGCAGCUCUAUUGGUUUCAUAUUAAACACCAGUUGGAAAAGGUAUUUCAGAGACAAUUUGAUUUAGAUCCAUGGUCUUUUUUUUGCAGUCUAGGUCCCUGGAUGGCUUCCCUAGCCACUCCCAGAAACUCUAUAAUAAAAUUACUCUUGCAGCCAGACGAAUGAUGGCAACUCAAUGGCUAACAUUUUUUAAAAUCAUCCAGCAUGGAGACCUGGGGGUGAUUGCUUUAUCUUUUUUUAUUUAUUUAUACUCUUUCUCUGGUUCUUUCUCACCUUUCUGUAUUAUUAUUUUUUCUCCCCCAGAGUUGUGUGCAUUAUUCUGACAUUCUAUUCGUUAAAUUUAGAUAGAACUGUAUGGAACUUUUACCAAUGACAUUGUAUUGAUAGGAAGUGUAUAUUACUUCCUAUCACUUAACAGAACAUUAUAGUCACCAAAACAACUUUAGCUUAACCCCUUAAGGACACAUGACAUGUGUGACAUGUCAUGAUUCCCUUUUAUUCCAGAAGUUUGGUCCUUAAGGGGUUAAUGAAGCCAUUUUAGUGUAUAGAUCAUGCCUCUGAAGUUUCACUGCUCAAUUAUCUGCCAUUUAAGAGUUAAAUCACUGUUGUUUCAGCCCUAGCCACACCUCCCUUAGCAGUGGCUGACACAGCAGACAUGAAAAAUGGUUUCAGUUUCAAACAGAUGUUGCAUACGUUAAAAGUUUAAACACACACAGGAGGCUUCUGCAGGGCCUAGCAAGCUAUUAACAGAGCAGGAGAUAAGAAAUUCUAAAUUAAACAAGAAAGUAAAUUUAGGAAUUAGAUGCAUCUUUACAGGAAGUGUUUAGGAAGGCUGUGCAAGUCACAUGCAGAGAGGUGUGGCUAAGGCUGUAUAAACAAAGUGAUUUAACUCCUAAAUGACAGAGAAUUGAACAGUGAGACUGCAGGGGCAUGAUCUAUACACCCAAACUGCUUCAUUAAGCCAAAGUUGUUUUGGUGACUACAGUGUCCCUUUAAAUAAAGAAUUUUUAAAGAGCAAGACAGUGGAGAACAGAUGAUGUCAUCAGCCAAUUAUGCAUCUGCAGGGAAGUUCUCAGCAUUGUACUUUACAGGAAUCAGGAAAAUGUUCUUUACAUGUUCUUAUGGUGCUCUGUAAUUUCUGUGCCCAAGAGUUUUUGGGAAUCACUUGUUUGAAAAGUGUAAUAAAACUAUUGAACACAUUUAAAAAUGCUAAAAUGUACAGAUUGUUUUUAACAUAUUAUUUUAUAGUAAAUAUGGUUUAUGGUUGUGCAUAGACUAUUUCUAAAAGAUAAAUUUUUAAGGGGCAAUCCAAGACCUGUCUGUUUUUUUAAUGCCAUUGAAAUAAUUAAUAGUUAUUCAUAAAUAUAUAUUCAUAAUCAUUUUUUUUUUUAAAUUAAAUUAUUUUCUGCUGUAAAUACAAUGGUAUUUGCAGAAAGCAUUUCAUGACUGAUACUUCUUGCCCAAUACUUGUGCUCCCAUUGAUUUCACUCACUUUUUUUGUUGUUUUCAAGAGCAGAAAAUAAGCUGCAAAACAAUAGGGUGGAACUAAUGACCUAGUGUUUUAUUUAUUCUCAGGUGCAUCUCAUCUCACCCUUUAUAUAUAAUUUUGGAUCCCUUGCUUCAUAUAUUUCUCCUAUGCCUAUAAGGUUUGGGCCUCUGCUAAGGGCCUCAGAAUUAUCAUCACAUCAACUGUAACUAGGCCCUUCAUGAUCAGGGAUCACCAUCGAUCCAUCAUGCCCUAAUGAUCCAACUCCAGAUCCAUUACCUGUAUGCUUUAAAUCAGUGUUCCCCAACCCAAUCUUCAUGGCCCACCAACAAUCCAGUAUUUAUGUAUUUUCCUGUUUUAUUCCAAUGAAGAUACUGACAAAACCUGGACUGUUGAUGGACCAUGAGGACUGGGUUGGAGAACACUGCUUUAAACCACAGCUGCCUGUAAGAUUGACUUCUUGUCUUCUUAUUGUGGGAUGGUAUGACUGCUAUGGGGCAUGCGCCCAUUCAAUUAUAUUCCAAUGGAUUACUAACCAAUGCAGAUGUAAUUUAAUGCUAUGUUAGAGAGACCAUUGCUAUUAAAUCAUAGUUAUUUGAAGACUCCAUACUGCAUAGCUAGCUAUUACGAAUAGUUGGGGCGGGUGCUUCCCAAUAAAAUUACAUUUCAGAAUACCCUAUAUAUUUAUAAUUAUGGCCUUCUAGUUUUACUUUAUGGGUGAGUAAAUAAUCCAGUACAGAUUUACUGAAUUAUUUCACCCUAUGCAUGUUUUCCUUGAAAUAUAAUAUGAGCCUAGGACACCUUAUUUCGGGGGGUUUGUUUUAGAAAACAUAGCUAUAAAUUAAAUAGAACUGAUAGAACUGAUGCAAUAAAACAUCACAAUAGCAAAUACGAAAUCAUGACCAACAAAUAAAGAUAUAAAAUGUACAUCAGAUUUCACAAUUUUAGUCCUUAGUCAUAGAAAGGUUCGAACCAGGAAGGAGUAUACACAAAAUUAGAGUGAAUGUGUUAGGAGUGAACGAAAGAUGAAUUAAACAAAUUGUGGGAUAGAUCAGAUAGUAUACAGUGAUUUCCCUCAUCUAUAAUGCUGCAGUGAGCAAGCAAUCAUGUCUGAUAAAUCUCCAGUUAUCACCCGCCUCUAGAAUAAGAGGCUUAUUUUAAUAUGAUCUGGGGCGGCUUGCUAUUAAAACCACGUUACCCGUUUUUUUUUGUUUUUUUGUUUACAAUAUACACAACGGCCUUCAUUAUAAAACAAAACAAUAAACCGUGACAAACUGAAACCAAAACCGAGCAUUUUACGCCGAAAUUCCAUAAUUAUAAAAAGCAACUAAGCGGCUCUUGCUUCGAUUGGUGUCAAUUUUGCAACCAAGUGCCUUUUCGUGGCAAUUCGCUGCUGAGUGCAUAAAGCGCUAUGGAAUCUGUUGGCGCUAUAUAAAUGGCAAUAAUAAUAAUAAUAAUAAUAAUAAUAAUAAUAAUAAUAAUAAUAAUAACUAGUACAUUAUAAAUAAAAAGUAACGCCUGGGAUGUGACAAUGCACACGUGACACUAAUUAAUUAAUUUUUUUUCCCCAUGAGUUUGGUAUUGUGCCCGCCUCGCCUCGUAUAGCGUGCGUUACUGAUUUACUGUUUGCACUAUGUAUUAUUAUUAUUAUUAUUAUUUAUUAUUGUGUAUUAGUUUAUCAGGGGGAUAUUGGCUGAGAUGUGACUGCUCAUUACUGGGAGGGACCCUCUCCCUGCACUCCCACCCAGCCCAUUGGCUCUGUCUGCACACUCCUCCUCCACUGCAAGGCAUUCUGGGAGAGGAGGGGGAUUCUUUUCCCAUGAACCUCCCUCAUGGGGAGGGACACACUGACUGCCAGCCAAUUCCCCAGAAAAACACUAGGAGGGACAAGCCCUGCCCACGUCACGGACCUCCUCAGGCGGCCGUCCAAUCAGAUAUCGGGGAGGAAAUGAGAUCACGGUAUCCAUCCGCGCCGUGUGCCCCGUGUUCCUCCGCGCCGUUCGCCCCUCUUUGUACGCAGCGCGCUUGGCAGCGGGUGUGAUCGGGCGGAGGGAUCCCCGGGGAGGGACUGGCACUGUGACCGAGGAGGGGGAUCCCGUAGGAAGAGGUGAGCAGCCGGGAUACGGCGGAGGAGGGAGCUUGGGGGAUCCGGGGAGCUCUUGAGAGCAAUGGGGUGAUUGCCAGGCCGGGAUGUAACCCUCCGCCGCCGCGGCCAUGUUGAUCUGACGGACUAUUUUAUGAGGAGGAGCAUGGUUUGGGGGCACCCAGAGGAAGGUGAGGGUACCCUGGGUGUGGGUGUGAUGCUCCAUGGGAAUAUCAGCACCUGGGGAGGGAACAGCAUCCUCCUGCUGGGGGGUGGGAGAGGGACAGCUAGAACAAUGCUUGGUGCCCCCAGAUCCAACAAUACCCUCCCAUGGGCAACAAUAGCCACCAGAGACCAUUAAUGGGCAGCAGGAGACCCCCCUGACAGGGGCACCCUCACACCCCAUUCACACCCUAUUCACACCCCAAACACCCACACAUGUACCUGCCCCCAACAUAAAUAUAUUCAUAUAUACAAUACAUGGCCAUAGCUCUGUCAGUGUUAAUCCUUGUACACAAUAAAUACAUAAAUAAUUGGCUCUAAUGAUCAAUAUAUUGCUGGAAACUCUUGGUAACUCUUCCCUAUAAAUAUCUUCAAAACUAUCACUGUAAACAGGGGUUUGCAGAAGAUACAUACAUGUUAAUGAUACUGUAUACAUUCCUAAAGUAAAUAAUGUACAUAUAACAUGGUGUAUUUUUAUUAAGUAAAAAGCAAAGAGUGAAGUCAUUUCCCUAUAGAUCAAUACAGUUUUCUUCACAGACUAAUUGAUUGCAUUUGGAUAUCUUGUAAUUUUUAGACAUGGUACAUCAAUAUGUACAUUUUCAUUCUAGAAUGCUCAGGAUUGUCUUUGGGUCACGCUACGUAAAGCAGCAUCUCUUAUUUAUUUAGCCCUUGAUUUCUGUAUGUUUCUGGUGAAUUGCAUCCUAAACCCAUGUGCCAAGUUGGCCUGGGAAAGUUUCGGAGGCCAUGUUCUUGCCAAAAAUCAAUCCUCUGUGUUGUCAGAUUUUGGAUGUUUAUUUGUGAUAUUUCAGGAUAAUAUAGCAAAUGGCUUCCAAUGCCCUAUUAGUGGAUCUUGGCAGCAGAAACGUGUUUUGAUUCUUAUUUCCCAGUUUUAUUUAGGAAAUAAUCUGGUUAUUUAAUUUUUUGAAGAACUUGAAACAUAGUCCAGUCUAUUAAUGUAUUAUAUAUUGAAAUGUAUUAUUUUAUUUACACAUACUAUAUAAUGUUGUACACUUGUUUCCACAGAUUUCCAGGAAAGGAGGACUGUCAAAGGUUUGAAUAUCUUCUUUAGGAUAACCAAUUAAAAAAAGGUAUUUUAUUAAUCAGAUAUUGGCAUGCAAGACGGGGCAGUCGUCCCCUGAUUCUGGGUGUGUUAUAGUGCAUGUUUAUCUGCUUUACAAAGGUAGUCACAUUUCCAGCUAAUGUACAUAAGUCAGAAGUUCGAUCUUUAAUGGAUUUCAUUCUCCAAGGUUUAUUGGAAACUCACCAGGAAAUUGAAAAUUUUAGGUCAAUAUAGCAAAUCUGGAGAAAUAUUGGAUUUUGGUCUAAAAUUUGCAAUUCACUGGUAAAUUAGUGACAAUUUAUUGUUUAGUAAAUUUGGCAGCAAUUCAGCCAUAAUGGUGUUUUAUGUGUUGAAAGUUUUGAAGAAAUCACUUGCAUACCCUUUUCCUCUCCACCUUUCUAACAGCCAUAUAUGCAUAUUUGAUCAUAUUGUUGGUUAUUUCCCCAAAUGCUCACUACUUUGCAAUCACACAGUACUUUUAAAAAUCCCCUUUCUGAAAAUGCUGCAGGCAAAAUGAGCAAUGUACAGUUGCAAAAUAUUGAGCAUUUGGCUGAGAAAACUGACAAUAUGAUUGAAGGUGCAUAAAAAUGACUUCUGAAAAGACAUGAUUUCUCACAUUUCAAUAUAUUGUUAUUAAAAAAAAUGGAAAAAUGCAUGAGACUACCAAAUCCUUAUGUAUUUUGUUUUUAUUUUAAUAUCUUUUGGCUUAAUUUAAAGUAACUCACUCUGCAAGAGUUUUUCAUCAAGUUAUGAUGCUGUUUAGCAUUUUAAAAUUCAUAGCCAUCACACCUAUCCGUUUGCAUAGUGACAUCUCCAUAACUUGCAUCUCUCCCUCGAGGCGGAGACAAUCAAUGGCAAGGAGCAUAUUAAAGUGGCACCGUCACUGUUUAGGUACUUUACCGAAUUUGCAAAGUCCCCCGACCAUGACAUUGCCGCUAGUGUUUCAGUGGCUGGGGGCGUGGUCAUUUUGAUCCGAGGGAUCCUCCGUAGACGCAACCAUUUCCAUGCAGCCGUCAUUGGUGACGGCUGUCUGGAUUAACUCUUAGACUUUGCCUUGAGUCUAAGAAAGUCAGGCGAAGGAGAUAUACAGAGACAAAGUAAUCCCUAAUUUGUCUCUGUAUAUCACUUUACUGGGUUGGAAUGUCAGUGAAAUUCCAACAGUCAUAAUGAAUAUUUCAUAAAGAUUUUAUCUUUAUGAAAUACUCAUUUGGGGGGGGGUGACAGUGCUGCUCUAUAGAAAAGUGGAGAAACAGUGCAAUGUGUUCAUUGGCUAUGCUUGACCUAGAUUGUGAUGGCAAGUGCUAAUUCUUUACAAACUUUAAGGGCAUUUCAAUUCUAUUUAGCUAAUGUGUAGGUUGUGAGAAUAAAACUAUUUAAAUAUGUCUUUCUCUCACCUUUCAAUCAAUUCUUCAGCAUAGACUCUGUUUGCUAACAAAAGAGAGCAAAAGAGACCUCACACAGGCGGUCAUUCUCGCAAUGCAUAGCGAGCACUGUGGCCACAAUAACUUGCUAGUCGACCUUGCUAGCACUGGUUAGGGUAGUGAUUUCCAAAACAGUCCUCAAGGCACACAUCUAAGGUGUUUUUAGAUAGAAAAAAACAAACACCAUGACCCAACUGGUAAUCCCUAAAUCCUGGACUGGUUUGGAAACCACUGGACUAGAGAGUAUAGGACUGGAGUACCUGACACCACUGUUCAUAUGCGGGCACAUCUAUGUCUGUGAGGACAUGGCGGCGUGGUAGUGGACUGUAUGCUGAGUCGUAUACUUUUCAAAUGAAGAGGAAAUGCACACACCAUUAUCUGAGGAAUGUUUCAAACGGACGGCCAAUUCCCAAAUACAUCCAGUAGUUUUAGGUACAAAUGUCUGGGCACAUUUGCCUCUUUUAGAAAAGAAAAAAACAAACAAAAAGUAGUUUAUUCAGGAGUACAGAACACAGAUCGGCACCUAUUUGUGCCUUUGUUAAAUCUGACUGCCUCUUUAAAAAAAAACAUAGGUGUCCCCAGACACUAGUACCGAAAACUACUUUAUGGUGAUUCAUGACAGGUUCCCUUUAAAAGAAAUCACAUGAAAUAAAGAUUAACACAUGUUAUAGUUGAUUUUCAAUGACUUAAACAGUGCUGUAAAUGUUAAACUGAUAUUUUCCCUAUAUAGUGUACAUGUUACAAAUCAUGUCAUUUAAAGGGAUAGGCAUCACUUGACAAUUUUUAUUUAUUUAUUUUUAAACAAGCUAGCAACCAAUUUUAGACACAUAUAUGCAAGCCAAAAUAAAACAAGGAAACCUUAAAUAAAAAAGGGGAAUGUAACAAAAUAUCAGAUUGCGAUGUGAGUUAAAUUUCCUCAUUGUGGGUGUGGAAAGCAUAAGAAGAAGUAUUUAUCUGCCUUUUUUCAGCCAGCAUAGUGAGACAACUCAUUCAAAGCUUUUAAUCUAGGUAUUGUGCUAGGAAAAUUGCUACCAAAUGUAUAGAUUGUUAGUCAAACCUAUUUCAGAAUAGUUCCUUUCUCCACUUGUCCGACAGUCACCAUGGACAUUGACUGACAAGAAGAGUAGGAGAGACACCUUACACGCGGUCCUCCUGCCACCCAGCACUUGUGCUGAGGUUGCUAAUGUUACUCCAUAGACAACACUUCAAAUGCUGGAUAGAAGAGUAUAGGAACAGAGUAAAUAAUGUCACUCUGUUCAGACACUAAUGCGUUGACAAUGAAGCCAGCUCGUCCGCAUUUGGAGAAGACUCGUGCUGCUUGUGAAAGUGACCCCAAGCAAGGCUAAUCAAAUCCCAUUGUGGGCGGGACAAAAGUGUGGCCGGAUAUAGGUGUUAGAGUAAGCAGCACCCUCACAGCUGUGGUCAUAGCAAAAACACCCUUAAAGAGGUGGUCAUAGCAGCAAUGGGCCAGAAAUAAAUAAUACAAUACAAUACAAUAUAAUUGGCAGGUUCGCUUUAAAGUGGACCUUUCACACAUUUUUAUUCUUUUCUUCUGCAUAUAUUAUUCUUCAUAGUUAUCCAUCAGACUAAUUGAUUACUCCAGAGAUAUUAUUUUAACUGAUCCAGAAUGUAGUUGCAGCAAGUUUUACAACACUUCAACAUAUACUUUGCAUUGUGUAUGGCGAACUCAAACGUGAUCACAUGGCUUCCAGAGGCUUGUUGUAUAAUAAUUCAGACUUUUAAGUAGCUUGUGUCGAGCAGUCAGCCAGUGCCACAGCUAGGCCACAUCUGAGAGAAAUCUUAAAAUCUCAAAAGCCUGCGUUAAAUAAAAUGGUUUCACUUUCAAUCAGAUGUAACUUACUUUAAAAGUUUUUAUCUACUGUUCUGGAAAUUGAACUUUACCUACAGGAGGCUCCUGCAGGAUCUAACAAGCUAUUAACAGAGCAGGAAGUGUAAACAUUAGAUGACACUUUACAGGAAGCGUUUAGGAAGGCUGUGGAGGUCACAUGUUGGGAGGUGUGACUAGGGCUGCAUAAACAGUGAUUUAAAUUCCAAAUGACAAAGAAUGGAGCGGUGAGAUGGCAGGGGCCCGAUCUAUACACCAAAACUGGUUCAUUAAGCUUAAGUUGUUGGUGACUAGAGUGUCCCUUUACGUUUCAGGGACUGAAGACACAAGAAUGCAAAGCAAUAAGCACACAUUAACAGAGGAGUUAUUGCUGCAAAUAUCAAAGUAUCUUAUACAUCUGCAUGGCAAUGCUUCUUGGUGAAGGUAGACAUCAUCGAACAAGCUUUCUUUUCAAAAUGUGGUCAAAUUAAAUUUAGAAAAUACAUUAAGAAACAAAUAAAGCUUCUUCAACUGUUGAACCAUACCUAACAAAUGCUACCUUGAAGAUAAAGGAUAUCUAGUGAAGUUCUUACAUCACAUCUAAAUAUUCAGUGUGCCAAAAAUUAGAAAUAUGAGCUAAUAGCUCCUUACCACUUUUUGUAGUGGUUUUUGCUUCUCCCCGCAAAUUUCACUCUGUUCUGUUGGUUAAAGGAACACUGUAUUCCUGACCAUAUAGUGAAAAACCCACCAUUAAGGUGACUUGUCCCUCCCUUAGCCCCCUUAAAAGCAGGAAAAACUCACCUUAUUUCCAGUGCCGUGCGGGUUCACUGGCACCGUCCCCUUGGUGACAUAAUCAAAAGUGAAAAUUUCUAGCCAAUCCAAUGCUUUCCCAUAGGGAACGGUGUUUUGGCCAAUCAGCACCUCCUCAUAGAGAUGCAAUUCAGCUUAAGCGAAAGCAAUGCUUGGAAGAGGAAGUAUUGAGGAGGGGCAGGCUCUUUGUGACAGCAGCAGAGAGAGAGGUGAGAAAUAGCCACAAUUAUAUAUUGCAGCAGCUUUGGAAGGCAAUCUGAGAAAGAGAAUAGAUACAUUUUAUUUACAGUCAUAAUCAAAAUUAUUUAACCCUCCAAUUCAAAAUCAGGUUUAAUGUCAAAAUCUACAGACUUUCAGCUGUUUGCAAUGAACAAAUCAAACAAAAACAUUUGAAAAAGCUCAACACAACAAAUGCUUCAAGUGGUUUCCAAAAUUCAUUUGAAAAGUCAACUUGUAAUGACUUCUCCAGUCUCAAAAUUAUUUCACCCGGAGCAUCACCAAACCACCACUAUGCUUAACAGUAGGCAGAGUGUUCUUUUCAGUGUGUGUUUCUUCCUCCAGACAUAGCGCUGAUCUGAAAUGUUCUACUUUUGUUUCAUCGCUCCACAGAACAGAAUCCCAAAACUUCUUUGGCUUUAUUUAUAUAAUUUUGAGUAAAUUGGAGUCGAGUUUUCUUGUGCUUUUGGAUCAGUAGUGGAGUACAUUUUUUGAGUUCUGGUAUGGAAACCUUCUGCGCGUAGUAUGCGCUUUACUGUGCUCACUGAAGCCUCAUUGCAUGUUGCCACUUAGUCGUUCUGCAGGUCUUUUGCAGUCACUUACUUUUCACAACCUGCCUUCCCAAAUCUGGUUGCGGCCAUUGAUCGCUUCCUUCUUCUGCCCUGUCCAGGUUGUGUAACCACUGUUCCUUCAACUUUGAACUUGUGAACUCUGCUUCCAACGGUGUCUCUAGGUACAUUCGGUGCCUUCGCUAUCUUUUUUGCAUCCUGUUCCUUGUUUGUGAAAGGUGAUGAUCUCUUCUCUUAACGUUGUGGUCUUCCCUUUUGACUUAGCCAUAUUUCUUUUGUCAAUCUUUCUUUUAUUGAUGCAUUAGUAUAUGGGUACAGAAUAAAGAACGGAAGACAAUAAUGAGUUAUACACGGUGGGGGUGUCACAUUGCAAUACAUCUUGUCUCCGAGAGUUGUCAGCCUCGUUUUAUGUGUAUGAAGUAAAGGAAAUGCAGAUGCAUAACUGUGUUAUUAAGGUAUUAACAUAUUACUGGUACAACGUUUCGAACAAUCCGGUCUAUGUCCAUACGACUUACUAUUGGGCAAAACGGGUUGGUGUGAUUGGAGUAUAGCAUAUUAUGUCUAAGAAUAAAUAUAAACAGUGUGCAUUAAGUCGUGUGUGCUGUGCUCCCUAUGUCUAUUGGCCUGCUGUCGUUCUAGGUUACGCGAUAUUCGAUUCUAGCUUUGCAUAGCAUGCCAAUCCUGGUGCGUGUGCUUGUGAUAACUCCAGGGAAACGUGUAUACUGUAUCGGCUAGUCUAAGCAUUUAUCACUACUUAACAUACUGUGUUUUCGCAACAAAUGUGAGGAUCAACGUUUGAGGCGUUAGUCGGGCAUAGCAUAUGUUAGACAUUCUAGUGUGGGCAGGUUUAGCUAAUCCAACGCUCACAGUACACAGCAGUUCCGUUAAAAGAGUAACCGCUAUGGGUCCAGUAGAUUUGCACUGAUAGACAGGCUACGGAUCAGAGGGUCCAGUGGUAACACGCUUAGUUAUCCACUAAUGCUCCACAGACAGACAGAAAAACAUUAAGUCCAGGGGAACGUGUAUGCCAGUUAGGGGGGUUUUCGGUAGCGUCUUCCUGGACCUUUCUGGUAGUGUCCCAAGAGGUUCUCAGCCGGUAGCGAAGCUGAACGGGACCUUGGAACAGUGAGAUCGCAGUCAGCCAAUAUCUCUGCUGGGCAUAGUGGCAAUUUGGGCUGGGAUAGUCCAUUGUGGGGCAGAGGGGCAUUGGGCUUAUAUUUGCUGCCAUCCAGCCCCAGGUCGGUGUGAAGGCCAGUACCUGCGGUCCACGGACUCUGUGUCUCAAUGAGGCCGGGUCUUCCCUUCGCCGGGCGCAAUGAAAAGCUUGGGUGUUGCGCCGCUUCUGGCAACAUGGUCGGUACUGUGGAGGCUUACUCCUUGCAGCCUUCGGCCUGUGAAGGGUUUUGGUGUGGUCAGUGUAGCUUAUUCUAUGGGGUUCGCCACGUGGUGGUCACCCCCCUUUCCCUCUUCCAACAUCUUGUGCCACUGCCUCAGUAUGAUACUGCUCUUGCCUGCUGCGGUCCUCCAGGUGUCUCCAGAACCUCUGGAAGAGCCCGUAAAGCUGUUCCAUAAAGUGGUCCACUAGGUUAGUGCCCUGGCGAUCGUGCUGUGUGUACGCUGGUAGUUGCCGCUCAGAUGCAGGCGCCAUUUUGUGAGGCCCUCUGACCAUGUCGCUCCGGUUGUAGCUUGGCCCAUCAGCUUGCUGAGCUGUGAGUCUGGGGCUGGUGGGUACCAAGAUAACCCCCACCGGUCCAUAGAGGGGGGAAUUGCAGGGGCCCGUGCUGGAGUGAGAGCGUGAUGUGGCCGAGAGAGAGCGGCUGUCCCUCCCCCGGCUACCCCGCUUGCAAUGCUGCGGAUCAGAUCGCACCGCUUGGCUCCGGUUUUUGCUUGGCGAUCGGCAGGAUUCAGGUACCGUUGGGCGUCGUGCCGGUCAGCCCCCCUUGUCAGGUUGCUCGUUUCUGGCCUGGGGAAUCACGGAUGGAUCGGAUAAUAUGCCCGCCAUGUUGGCUGUCAGGCCCCGCCCCCGACUUAGCCAUAUUUCUAACAUGCAGUCAAAUGUGACUCAAGCACACAUGGUCAAUAGUGAUGUCCCGAACGGUUUGCCGCGGACUCAUCAUUGAGUAAACUUUGACCCUGUACCUCACAGUCAGCAGACACAUUCCAGCCAAUCAGCAGCAGACUCUCCCUCCCAGACCCUCCCACCUCCUGGACAGCUCACUAUGAAUGCAGCUUCAAAAUGGAUGCUGUCCAGGAGGUGGGAGGGUCUGCUGCUGAUUGGCUGGAAUGUGUCUGCUGACUGUGAGGUACAGGGUCAAAGUUUACUCAAUGAUGAGUCCGCGGCGAACCGUUCGGGACAUCACUAAUGGUCAACUAAUGAAGCUCUUGAUUAGUUGCAUCAGGUGUGCUUGAGACAACAUCUGUUUUGCACGUUUGUGCUGUUAUGAGGAAUUCUAAUCAGGGGGUAGAACAAUUUUGUGACUGGAGAAGUCAGUAUAAACUGCAUUUUUAGUUAAAUUUGGGGAAACCACUUGAAGCAUUCAUUGUCUUGAGCUAUUCCUAUAGGUUUUGUUUGAUUUGUUUAUUGCAAACAGCUAAAAGUCUGUACAUUUUGACAAUAAACCUGAUUUUCAAUGGGGGUUGAAUAAUUUUGAUUAGAACUGUAUACAAAGCCAACAUAAAGUGUUACCCACUGAAAAUCUGGUUUCUGCUCUCAGUACAUGGCAGAUGUAAUUGAAAUCAAGUAGAAUAUGAGCUUUUUAUUUAUUUUUUUGGUGUGUCGUGACAUUGCACUGUGGCUUAUAGAUAUGCAUAACUUAGUACAUACACUCAUACUGUUGAGUACAUACGUAAAAUGCGUUUCUUUUUAUGUUCGUUAUCUCAAGCUUCGGUGUACUAUUGUUGGCGACACAUUUUAACCAAUAAACAGUGAACGAUUAACCAGGCAGGAGAAUGGAGACCUUGGUAUAGUGCUUCGUCUGUUUUGAUCGCCCUCCGCUCAUGGGGAGAUCGGAGCUCCGUCCAGCUUACAUUCGGGCUUAGUUAGUAGGGGCGGUGUUCCCUUUCCUGAUCUAGACUCCGUCCUCUCUGUCGCUGACCUUCCAUAUGCCUUCAUGGUGCCUCUCACCAGUGCCGUGAGGUGGUCCAUGACGUGGAUAUCUCUUAUUUUGUUUAUCACCGUAUGGAUCUGGGGGAUUUCGGGUUUGAGCCAUGCCUGUGCCAUGGUGAGUCUAGCUGCUAAGGUGAUUUUGCGUAGGAGUUUUUGGUUCUUUCCUGGCCAUUCAUCGAUUGGCCUGGAUAGCAGGCACACCCAUGGAUCUAUGCCCACCCUUCUCUGGAACACUUUAUCUAAUAGGCUCCCUACUUCUUGCCAGAAGGCCUGGGCCUUCGGGCAGUCCCACCACAUGUGCUUAUACGUCCCUUUGUGUCCACAGCACCUCCAGCACAGUUCGUUGGGGGUUUUGCGCAUGUGGUACAGCUUCACUGGGGUGGUAUACCAUCUGAACAUGGUUUUGUAUGCCUCCUCCUGCUGUGUGACACAUAUUGAGGUGGCCUUGUUUGCGUCCCAGAUUUCUCUUCAGUCUGUGCCCUCCAAGACCUCUCCCAGAUCUGAUUCCCAUUAAGUCGUGUAAUGUAAGUCCAUCCACUCGGUGUUAUUGGAGCUAAGGUGUGCGUAGAGAGUCGUGAUGAGCCCUUUCGGGUGGUUUUCUUUGAGACACAUUUUCUCAAAGCCCGUUGGUUUAGUUAGUGCUGCCGUUUUUGCUAGGUUGUGUUGUGCGAAAUCCCUGAUCUGGAUGAGCUUUUAAUAGUAUUAUGAGGAGAAACACUUAAUUUUAUAACGUGUCAAACCAGAUUGUUAGAAAACUGCAAACCUAUAUCUGCCAUGACAGGCUCACUUUAAAUGUUUGUAUGAAUAUAUUUCCAAAUUAUCGUCACAGGCUUGGUUGUUUCCUUUAAGCAUGUUUGAUUAUAAAAUAAGGUUAUUCUCCAAAGUUAGGCACAUACUCCCCUGAACAAAAUACAGAUGACCCCAUUACGGAAUUGCUUUGCUACAGUUAUUGUCAUCCAAUAACCCCAAUGCCAUCCAUUUAAUUUAAAAAAAAAAAUUAAAUUUUAUAUACAAACUUGAAAUCCUAAAGGGCCCCAUAACUGCUUCAUGUAAUUUAAAUGAUUGUAGUGUCUGCAGUCCUCUGCUGCUGUCCUUUCAUGCAGCUUUAAAGGGACACUCCACUGCCCCCCUCCCCCCCCCAAAAAAAGUUUAGUGUAUACAUAUCCUGAAUGAAAACAUCCAUGCAUUUUAUCAUUGGGAAAUCUUUUGCAAGCCCUUCUUCCCCAGCCCAGACUUUCUAUGUCUGUCCAAUCCCACUGCUCCCAAUGCAGCUUAAAGAGAAGUCUUUGCAAAACAGGUGCUCUGGGCAAUUGCUGCCUCUUGAGGUUAGCUCCACUAAACUUAACAAUUAUGAAGCAAUUUACCUGUUGUCUGCUUAAAAGCCAGUGGUGCGCAAAGGUACAUUUAUAAAGGUGCCAGUUUAUAUUGAAAUCUGCUCUUCACACUUUGUGUUUCAGCAACCUAAAGCGCUUUAGGGGUCUGGAAUGACCCUUUAAUUUUUUUUCAAGUUUAAAUGCUAAACAAGUGUCCCCCACAAAUCCUACCUUCUGUGCUGCUUUGGCUAAUGAGAAAGUGUCAGCAAGAGCAACAAUGGGUGGCUAUGAAUGGCUGAAAGUGUCAGCUGACAGCUAGAAGGAAGUGUGUAAUCUCUGCCUUAGAGACACCUCUGUGGGGAUGGAGCUAUGGAGAGCUAGGGACCUUCACUCAGUGUUAUACCAUUUGAAAAUUGUUUAACCACAAAAUGGAGUGACCGCACCAUGAGACUCCAGGCACUAUAACCAAUUUAGUGAGGUUAAAUAGUUAUAGUGCCUACAUAUCCUUUAAAUGUGUUCUGCAUUGGAGUAUAUCUCUGCAGAAGAGACAGCGUGUGUGUGGGUGUGGGUGUCUCUGAAUAAACACAAGAGUAUAAUGCACACAGUAAAAAAGGAGUACGUCCUGCAGGGAGCUCCUGAAAGGGAGGGCAAAUCACUGAAGACCUCAAAUGGAAGAAAAUAAAUAUCCAGGCACAUCUGAGGUCUCUUCUAAAAGGGAGUCUUUUUGUUAUUUUAAACAAGGAAGUGGAGACAAGGUUUCUGCUCCUCUCUGAACCUGUAUCAAAUCUUCUUGAUAAAGGAGUAAAAACUCUUGUGUUGCGGAAGCUCAUGGAAAAGCAUUGAAUAUGAUGGUUUACUAUGGGGAAGCUUGGAUGUGCGCACAGAACACUGUGUGCAUCAAGUCCCCCAUGCACCUCUGAGGAGUAUUGGAUUGGACCAUCUGCAGAGGAGGUCAUACCUCCUUGAUAAGGUUGCGGGAGACGGAGAGGUGAGCAAAGCUGAGGGAGUCUCAAUGAUGGAAAGGAGUUUAUUGCACAGUUACGGGGACCUGUAUAAAGAUGGGGACUAAUAGAGUAAAGGUUGGUUUGUUAAAAGAGGGGCAUGGCUAAAGGGCAGAAAGCAGCAAAUUUGUGUUUUUUGUUUAUCUCCCUUUUAGCAAAACAAACAAAAAAAAUGUAUGUUGGUGAAAAAUACGAUUUAAAUAUGAGUCAAAGCUGUGUUGGUGCCUGGAGUGACCUUUUUAGGUGACUUUAUAUUUUGAAAUAAAUGUGGGUCAGUAAAGUUACCGAGGUGGAGUAUGUGGCCGAGCAGAGAAGGAUGACUUGCAAUGGGAAUUAAUAUGGAGACAUAGGAGAUGUAAAAAUAUAGAGAAUUAAAAAUAGUCUUUACUGUGAAAUUACUAGGAGAGUGCUGCACCUACAAUAUUUGGUGCGGAAAAUGACUGUAAGUCUGAGACAGAAAUUCAUUGACACAGAAAACUGGAUUUGUCGUGAAACUGCUAGCCACAAGGCCCACAGGAUAUCCUGAAAGCUUCAUGUCAUGAAAAGCCAAUGAAAAGUCUGGAAAGAGAGUAGAAGGGUUGAAAGCAGUAAUAACAUAUGUAUUGGUAAUUUCACAAACCUCUUUGUGCAAGGCAGGUGCAUUAGCUCACUUACAUAGCAAGGGAGCCUGUAUUAAAGGAACACUACAGUCACCUAAAUUACUUAAAGGACCACUCUAGGCACCCAGACCACUUCACCUUAAUGAAGUGGUCUGGGUGCCAGGUCCAGCUAGGAUUAACCCAUUUUUUUAAUAAACAUAGCAGUUUCAGAGAAACUGCUAUGUUUAUAAAUGGGUUAAUCCUUCCUCCAAUUCCUCUAGCGGCUGUCUCAUUGUUAUGAUGAUCAUUGUUAUCAUGAGAGUUGAUGGCAAAGGUGGAGAGGAGAAGAGCUAUCAUUGUCUGGAUGGGGAGUCGCCUUUCGUAAUUACAAUAGGUACUAACUGUUCUGGCGUUCUUUCCUUGCUCAUUUCACACCCCUGACACCUGGUUGAGGCUCACUGGACCUAUUCUUCACAAAAAUAAUUGUCAAUUGAUUUUUGCUGUUGCCUAUGUUUUAAAAUGUGUCUAAAGUGAGACAUAUCAUUACCAUUGAACAUGUUCUUGGCAUGACUUACAGAAGCUUUAUCGGGGUGAUUUUUUAAAAAAAUUUUUUCAACAAAAUUUUGCACUUCAACCGACUUCACACACAUUUCUUUGAUCAAUGCACUAGGAAGAUUUUCCCUCCCCUCCUCCUCUGAAGACAAUUCCUCAGAUGCUCUUUUUUGCUGCUCCCUCUGAAAGUUUUGGAGUUCUUCUGUGGUGAGUUUGUUCUGGUGAUCCUCCACAUCUUCAUCAUUCACCUCCAAGCCCAUUGAUUUCCUCUGGCCAGAAUUUCCUCCAGGCUGAGUUCAUGGUCCCAUAAGACACCCCCCUCCCCUCCCCAUGUAAUCUAAGCUGGAUAAGAGGAGUUGUAUUGGGGGGCUAAAACUGAACUCCAUCAAUUCUUCCUCCAGUCCAGGAGUUUGAGCAGGAGCAUUAUACAUAAGAAGCAGUGCCUUGACAGGCAAGUGUUGUUUUUUUUUUUUUUUUUUGUAGGUAUAGUUAAACACUUGGCCCAAAUACCUCAUGAACCCACUCAAUAAAAAAUUGCCUGGUUACCCAAGCUUUGCUGUUAGCCCUCCACAUCACCUGCAAUUUGCUUUUCAGGACACUUUUCUUAAAUACCCUCGGGUUCUCCGAGUGGUAGUCUAGCAAAGGCUUCAAUUUAAAAUCCCCACUUGCAUUCCCACAGAACAUUGGGUUUAGCCUGUCCAUCAUUGGCUUGUGUCCUGGCAAUAAUUUCUCCUCCUUUGUUAUGUAGGUUCUCUUUGGCAUUUUCUUCCAAAACAGGCCUGUCUCAUCACCGUUAAACACUUGUUGGGGAACAAAUUCCUCAGCCUCUACAUAGGCUUUAAAUUCGAACAACAAAUGUCUCAGCCCUGUCUUUGUUAGCACUGGAAGCUUCACUACGUCUCACCACACUGUGUAUGCCACUUCUUUUUAAACUUUUCAAACCACCCUCUGCUUGCCUUGAAAACCUCACUAUCCGCACUCGUUUAAGGUUUGUUUUUUUUCACAAGAUCAGCAUGCGCAUGUAUUGCUUUUUCACAAAUUAUUGCUUCUGAUAUGCUAUCACCAGCAAAAUGUUUUUUCAUUAAUCCAUAUCAAUAACAAUUUUUUUACUUUUUCUAGUGUCUGGCUUCUUUGUUUUGUUAUCGCUUUCACUCCUAGAUUUGGCCAUACCAAACUGUGUUGCUAGAUCACAAAUACAAACACCGCUUUCAUGUUUUAAAAUGAUCUCUUUCUUCAACUCUAUUGUCAUUCUCACAAUUUUUCUCUUGGGUUGGCUAAUAUCCUUGGGACCCAUGGUGAGUUUUUGCAGACUAAAUGGAGCUCUAUGUGAAGACUCCAUUACAUAUAUUUAAGAGUUAGUGGAGCUCUAUUUGAGGACUGAAUGGAACCCCAUUUGAGGACUGAAUGGAACCCCAUUUGAGGACUGAAUUGAACUCUGCUGACUGAAUAAAACUUUUGCUGGCAGAAUGGAGCUUUGCUGACUGGAGCUUUAUUUGAAGACUGAAUGGAGCACCGCUGACUGAAUGGACCUCUGUUUAAAGACUGAAUGGAAUUUUUUGCUGACUGAAUGGAGCUGUUUGUUGCAAGAAUGGAGCUUUUGCUGACAGAAUGGAACUCUGCUGAUGGAAUGGCGAUGCUUCAUACUAACGAGGUACCAACGGGAUUACCAUAGAGAUGAAUGCCGCGUGAUCUCGUGGUGUGUUCGGGUACUGGGGAUCGUUUUGGUACCGAGACAUUUUUCACUCAAAAUUUUAGUUUGAAUACUGAAUUGUUUGUGACCAAGGUUUCACUGUACAACACAAUCCGACUGGUUAGUUAAACUGGGAGUCACUAUCUCUUGGAGAUGUGCGGAGCAACAUGGGUGAAUUUUUGGCUAUGGCCACAAAGAAGAGCCCGCAUGCUCCAAUAACAUGCUAGGUAGGCUCAAAGUGAAUGAGUACCCCUAAGAGCAGGGGGCGAGUGGAUAGACAUUAAUGCCAAAUGUGGCAGUCAGAACAUGUUGUAAAGCCACCGGGCUACAAGAUGAGCUGUAUCAAAUUGUGUACCACAAGAGCAGACAUGUUUGUAGAAUAAUACAAAAAGAAAGAGAAGGAAAAAAAAGAGAGCUACAAAAAAUACAAUAAAACAGAGCUCAUCCUGUUAGAUGCCUGAUAGAGGGCUAUCUGAAACGCGGGUCAAGUCCCUGAGUUAGACUCUUCUCUCCUCGAGGAACAAAAUUAACUAGCCUAGUUUGGUCCUAGGGGUGGUGAAUCGUAGAACUAAAGGGGUCCACCACAAGAAAGUAAUGUGAGGAUAUUUAUGGGGUGAUAAAUAUUAAAAAUUAUCAAUAAUUUUUUAUUAUUAUUAUUAUAUCAAAAAUUGAUAUAUUGGCACUUUUCCCCUUAAUUAUUGAUUUAAAGCUGAAAAUUCCCCACUAUUUUAAUUCUUAUAGAUCCUGGAGUUUGUUUAUCAGAGGAUUUAUAUUUCACACAUUAAUCACAAACUAAUUAUAAAAAUAUAAUUUAUUGUGACUAAUAUUAAUAAUAUGUAACAUGCGUGAUAACAAUCAGUGAAUUAUUAUGUAUAAAAUAAUUAUACGAAUGGCAAUGGCUUAACACAGUUUACAGACCGCUAAAUAGCAACAUUUAUAUCGACAUUGUAAAGGAUUCUCCUAUAUUAAUUCGGCUGUUUUCCCUCCCUGCUAUUUAAGUGCCUUGAAAGCAUUUGUUUUAUUUGUUCAUUCGGUAAAUCAUUUGUUUUACCGAACAGCGACCACCCUGGGUAGCAAUUAGAACAUGGAACACUAUGUAACCACACAAAACUGCAAAGUAAUUGAAUGCUCCUAGGUGGCUGCCGUUUCGUGCAUACGAACGCACGUGGUGAGAACAAUGAAUGGUGGCCAUCUUAAACUCCUGAACGCGGCCAGCGGGACUUGGUCAUCGAGUGCCUGAAACGGUUUUCGGCAUAUGAACGAACACGUGGCAGCAGCCAUCUUAAACUGUCGUACGGCCAGUGGUGUUCUGGCAUCGAACGCAUGGAACUGUUUUCGGGCACUAUUUCACACGAACACCGCUGGGACUUCAAGCAAUUUGUCUAUUUUCAUACGUAUGCAGCAGCGUUCGGUACAUUUAAACAGACGAACCAGAGACACACAUAGACUAUGGCCAUUCACCAGUUCAUUCAGUAAUUUGAACAGUAUUUGAACUAGUGGACCGGCCGCACAGCCCAAUUCUCUGGAACUGUUUUGGGCAUGAAGCCAUGCUUGCGGUCAGUCAGGGAUUUCCUGAACCCCUGUUCUGAUCUGGGUGAUCAUUGGAUAUGUUGUUCACCCAGAUCAGGGCUAUCGGGGGAUAUGUGGUGUUUUGGGGGUGUUUUCUGUGUUUUGUGAAAAAUGUUUUUUUUUUUUUUUGCUUGGGGAUAAUGGAGUUAAUUACAGUAUCUUAUUCCAUUAUCUCCCAAGCAGAGUGGAGGGUUUGUGUACUUUAUCUGGGAGUGUCUAACUGUACAAUAUUGUUUUGAUUGGCUUUGUGACUUUGUGUCCUGUGCCCCUCAAGGUCCACCUGGGCGGUAACCUUGUGGGGAAAACUGUAUAAAAGACCAAGCUGUUCAAUAAACUCUCACAUCUGCUGAGUUCCUGUUUUACCCUCAACAUAGAGCCUCGCCUCAUGUAUGGGGGGGGGGGAGGCUGCAUCUAUUCUGGGGAUUGCUAUAUCACUAUACUCCCCAGGGAUUAUAAUCACUAAGCUCUUUUAAGACCUUGUUCCUGCUACUCUCUCUUGGAGGAGAGGUUCAUCCACUGGAACCUGGAACCUUGUCGUAGGUCCAGGGUGGGUAGAGGACGGCGAGUUUCCAGCCAAGCUGUAACGCUGGCUGUGGGGACUGCGGUGCUGAUGGUGUCUGGUGGAGUGCUUGGAGUCCUCGGUGAGCACUAGGAGCAUCUGUCGGCGGAGGUACCCAACCGGGGUACAGGAAGCUAUUUACAGUGACCAAUAGAGUAAGGUGGGCGGAUCUUCCCUACAGACUAUCAUCUAGAUUUUGGUCAGUAGAUAGUGCAAUUACAUUACAGAAAAUUCUUGUCGGGGGGUCUAUUUACUAUUUUGUUUAAUGGGUUAACUGAAUUUCUGCGUUUGAAGUCAUCUUGGUUAUGUUUUAUGGAUAACCGUCCAUCAAACCUGUCCAACUUCAAAGGCUUUUCUUUUGUUUUUCCAGACUGCCUGGUUUUGGUGUCAUAAAAUUUGAAUUUUGACACCGGUGGCCUUAAUUUCACCCACAAAUUAAUUACUGUAGUGUUAUCUGUCAUUCUGUGUCUGUUUUUCUUGUGUGAAACUGUGUGUAGCACUUAGUAAUACUACACAUAUUCCACUAACGUUGGUAAAUAAUAUGGUAUCCAUGAAUAUUCUAAUAUUAUUAACUAUUACUAUUUAUAUAUAAUUAAACAUAAUUAUAGUUAGUUAUAUGUGGGUAUAUGUAUUUAUAUAUGUGUUUCUGGGUUGUUUCGUUCUCAACUGCUCAAACAUCAUGUCAUGUCUCUGCCAAUGUUUACAUUAGACGCAUUCCUCUGCUCAGUGUGGAAUAGAGUAUAGAGAGAAAAAAAAGUCUGUCUUUUUGUAUUGUGUUACAAAAUGGAGUCACCGCUGUUCAGAUGGUGACUUACAGUAUACAUUUUUAAUUUCUAUCUUAACACAAAAUGUCAGCCAGUGUAGAUAUACUGACAGGAAGAUGCCUCAUUUGGAGAGGAUAUUACAAUUACAGUUGCAUUGUGGGUUAUAGAGCGAGACCGUGGCCCUGCCCAGUUGUACUGGCCAUGCUGUUUUCACUUGUCAAGUGACUGGGUUCCAAGACCUCUGCCAUUGAAAUGUACACCUAGAAAGAUCUUGGUAGAAGGUGAGGAGGGAUGAUUAAACUUUUCCGGGCGUCUUGCCCUGUCAUGCCGCUGUAAUGUGACGUUUGUCCUGGAACGGCUAAAAUGUCUUGUGUAGCAGAAGAUGGAGCCAGCAAGGACUUAUUUAUGCGGUAAAUCCCAAGAUAAUCUACUUUGCGUGGCUAGGAGAAAGAAUGGAUGCCAUAAGUCAACACUGAUUGUGCAGUAGUUCCUAUAUUAGGCCAGAUUGUGUCCUCAAGGGAUUCGUGUGUCUGAGAAGCUGUUAGGAAAAGUAGGCCCCACUUCAGCUACAUUGCCAUAUUGCUGUCGGUAUGAAAAAUAAUGACAUCUAUUGAUAGUGGUGGUUUCCCAACGUUAAGUAUUGGCAGACUCUUGGUUCGAUGGAGAGGUAGAACCAGAAUAUUUGCCUAAAUUUAAUUAUUUCUUGAGAGAAAUGUAAGGUAUGGCAUCAACUCAAUGUCAUGGUUAAGCUCUGCCUCAAAUGCAUGUAUAUGUAUGUGUGUGUGUAUAUGUAUGUAUGUAUGUAUGUAUGUGUGUGUGUGUGUAUAAUAUUAUAUUAUAUUAUAUUUUUUUUAUUUUAACUAUCCUGUUCAGGUGUUUUUACUUAAAGGACCACUAUAGGCACCCAGACCACUUCAGCUUAAUGAAGUGAUCUGGGUGCCAGGUCCAGCUAGGAUUAACCCUUUUUUCUGUAAACAUAGCAGUUUCAGAGAAACUGCUAUGUGUACCUAUGGGUUAAUCCAGCCUCUAGUGGCUGUCUCAUUGACAGCCGCUAGAGGCACUUCUGCGCUUCUCACUGUGAUUUUCACAGUGAGAAGACGCCAGCGUCCAUAGGAAAGCAUUGAUAAUGCUUUCCUAUGCACUGGGUAUGUGGGCGCGGCACUUGCCGCGCAUUCAGCCGUUGACGGAAGAAGAGGGAGGAGAGCUCCCCGCCCGGCGCUGGAAAAAGAGGUAAGUUUAACCCCUUCCACCCCCUAGAGCCCGGCGGGAGGGGGACCCUGAGGGUGGGGGCACCCUCAGGGUACUAUAGUGCCAGGAAAACGAGUGUGUUUUCCUGGCACCAUAGUGGUGCUUUAAGCCAUUUUAGCCUAGACUUUCCAUUUUAAGGAAUUAGGGACUCUUUUGUAGGAAUGGUUAGGACUUGAAGGAAUGUCUGGCAUUGAAGAGGUCUUGUUGAAGGAAAUGUUAACAUUGAAGUGGUAUUUUUAAAGGAAAGGUUACCAUUAGCGGUACCUGUUGAAGAAGCAGUUGUUAUUGAGGGGAAGGUGUCUUGUUGAAGGAAAGGUUGACGUUCUAAAAGGAAAGCUUGUUGUGCUAAUUAGGGGUCUUUUUGAAGGACUAAUAUGCAUGUGUUGAUGUGUCUCCUGGUGUCAAGUCCUAAAGGGGACCUGUCUAGUUCUUUCUUAUUAAAAUUAUAUAUUUUUUUUCUUUCUAAUGGGUCGAGUUUCAGGUUAGUGAUAUGUUAAGACUGCUUUAACUUAUUGCCCUUUAUGAAAGUUUGUCCAGAAUUCUAAUUAGGAAACACUUCUUAAAGGAACCCUAUAGGAUCAGGAACACAACCAUGUAUUCAUGACCCUAUAGUGCUAAACCCACCAUUUAGGUGGCUCGCCCCAAUUUAGGCCCCUCUAAAAGGAAUUAAAACACCUUAUUUCCAGUGCUGCGCGGGUUUGCCGGCGCUGGCUCUGCCCCCUAGGUGACAUCAGAAUUAGGGAAAGCAUUGGAUUGGAAAAAAUCAACAAGGGGCGGGGCCAAAUGCCUUUUUGGCGAAUCAGCACCUCCUUAUAGAGAUGCAUUGAAUCAAUGCACCUCUAUGAAGAAAAUUCAGUGUCCCCACACAGAGCGUGGAGACACUGAACGGCUGUGCAGCACUGAGCCAGGAAGCACCUCCAGUGGACAUGUGAGGAGUAGCCACAUGGAGCUGUCCCUAGAGGCAAUGUAAGCACUGCAUUUUCUCUGAAAAGGCAGUGUUUUGUUCUGGUGAGUAUAGUGUCCCUUUAAAUUAGCAUCACCAUUUGUAGGGACUCUGCAUUUCUUAUGCAAAUCUUAUAUAUAACUUUUUAUAAAUGUACAGUUCAGCAGUGCAUGCACUCAAUGCAGAAGAGCUGUGGUAUUACCAAAAAGACCAAAUACACCUCUAAAAAAAAAUGUUGAUUAAGAACAAUUUAGGGAAAUUUAAUUUCAAGGGGAGGAGGACAUUAUUCAGUUUCUAUCAGAGACAUUAUCAUGUUCUUUGUCCAGAUCACUUUAGGAGAUCCUGACUGGAUUUAUUCUCUGCCCGCGUUUGUAAUCUGCCUCUGCUGGUUAGCCAGAUUCAAAUACCCUGUGACUUGAAAAGUACUUGUUGUUAUUCGUCCAAAUCUUCAAACUGCGUAUUAAAAGUAACAGCUUCCUGGAGAAUCGUUGGUGUGUAGUUUAAGUUUCUUUCCCUUUAUUACACUGUUAAUGGGUACCCAUAAAGGAUUUAAAAGGAGCAUUCCAGUAACAUUUGUUUCAAGUCUAUCAUUUUUAUGAUUCCUUCUAAAAGUGCCUAUUUCAAUAGAAAUCUUCACUUUUAUUUUCUGGGAAGGAACAUCUCCCUGGCUGUCAAUCAGCUGGGCUUGUUGUUCCAGUGGAGAGGCUGCUUGGGGGGGGAGUGAGAGCUUGCAAAGGCUGCAGACAACAAGUCUGCAGCUUUGAAAAGUAAUUUUUUCAUAUAUCCCAAAGAUAACAAAAUAUAGGAAACAUAUAUACAUGUGUUUAUUUUUAUUCAGCUAUAUAACUAUGCAGAGUUCUAAAAGUAAGGAAAUCAUUCUGUAAACCAAUGGAAUCAACAGACACAUUUCUCUUGUACACCUUUGCAAAACUUUUAACACCAAAACACUGAAAGAAAUUUCCCCAAAGAUUGCAAUGUUUUACAUUUUCCACUACUGUUUUGACCAAAUUAUACAUCAGGCUUUUAUGUAUAAUAUUAUGAAUUCUUUAGGUUUGUAAUUGUAGGGACUUUUCUCCAUCAUGAGACACAAACUUACAAACAAAAACCAUAGCUUUCCAAUGUUGUCAGGCUGGUAAAAAGUGGUAAAAAUAUAUGGGAGGUGGGGGGAUAAAAUUCAAUGAAGUGUUUCUUUAUGAGAACCCUUCUCUUUGUAUUAUAGUGUGUUCUCUAUUUCAGAAACAUGGACACCGACCUGUUUAUGGAGUGUGAGGAGGAGGAGCUGGAGCCAUGGCAGAAAAUGAGUGACAUCAUUGAAGACUCUGUUGUAGAGGAUUACAGCUACUUAGACAAAACGCCAACAGGUACCCAUCAAACUACUUUACAUCACUAAAGGAACACUAUAGUCACCCAGACCACAUCUUAGUGAAAUGACCUGUGUGGAGUGGUCCUCUCAUUUUAACACUGCAAUAUAAACAUUGCAGUUAAGUAGAAACUACAAUGUUUACAUUACAUGGUGAAGGGGACACUAUAGGUACUAGUACAACUACAGCUUGUUGUAUUAAUUCUGGUGAGUAUAAUCAUUCCCUUCAGGCUUUUUCUUAUAAAUACUGUGUUUUCAGAAAAAAGGCAGUGUUUACAUUACAGCCUAGGGAUACCUCCACUUGACACUCCUCAGGUGGCUGCUGGAGCUGCUUCCUGGGGCAGUGUUGCAAAGUGUGCAGCACUGCCAUUCAGUGUCUCCACCCUUUGAAUGGAGACACUGAACUUUCCUCAUAGAGUUGCAUUGAGCAGAUGUUGAUUGACCAAGGCUGUGUUUAAUUUCCUUGACAGUCUUAGCCAUUCCAGUGCUUUCCUCUGUGAGAGCAUGGUGAUUGGCUGAGAGAUUCACUUCUGAUGAUGUCAGUCAAGUAGGCAGAUCAGGGGAAGAGCCAGCAGCAGCAGAUUUGAAUAAAAGUAAGAUUGUGUUAUAUUUAAAGGGGCUAGUGGGGGCCAGAAGGGCUAGAUGGUUGUUUUAACAGUAGAGGGUCAGGAAUACAUGUUUGUGUUCUUGACCCUAUAGUGUUCCUUUAAAUACACCUCUAGUUGCUGGUCUAUCAAGCUUGUACACACAGCAGGCUAUGAAAAUAAAAUAAAAUAAUGUAUAUUUGCUCUUGCUAUGUAUGCAUACUGUACAUUCUGAAAUGUCUAUUUUUCCUGUCAAGUAACUAACUGUAAUUACAUGUGAGGACUGUGUAAGAUUUGUUUCAAUAUCUCACAUUUAUAUUUUUCUUAUUCUUUCAGUUCUGAACUUCCAGUCGGUCUCUGCUCCUCUGCCAGUGGUUGCUCAUCAGUCUCUAAACACCCAUUACUCCACAGCCACCACAUUGACAAACAGCAUAGCUCAGAACAAUGACCACACCAAGAAGACUGUGGUGACUCUUUUUGCAAAUAACAGUGGUAGGUAGUUGGAUGAUACUUAUCUCAUUGUAUCCAAUGUCCUGCACAAGCUUAUAAAGUCUACAAAAAAAAAUCAAAUCAAUGAUUCCUUAAUUUACAGUUGGGGAAAAUAAUCUUUAAUUUGCCUUUUGGAAGUAAUUUCAUAGUCAUUUUUAUAUUUUAAGACAAAAAGCAUUAUGAGUGGAGACCUGAUUACUGCCGUGAAUACGCUAGAACAAUUAUAGUUAUCUUUGGCAAGAUGUUGGCAUAAUGAUAUGGACUACGGGCACAUGCUCGGUCUGCCUUUAGAUCCUGAGUGGGGGAAAUUAGUGUUCUCUAAAAUCAAAGGGCAGUAUCAGUGGACAGCUAAUGUCGACAUCUUUAUAAGUCUCUUCUGUUUACAUGAACAUCAGCUAGUGGGGAGAGUCCUAUAAAUAUAAAAAUGCGCUUUCUAUUUUUUUUAUCUCCAAGAUAAGUGCAUUUUCCUCUGUUUUCCUUCCUCUCCUCAGUAUACCAAAGAUCACCUAGUGUUUCCUUAUUCUUUAUCACUCUGUAAAUACAUGCAACCAUGCCCUAGGCACACGUGUGCUUACUUCCCAGUGAACCAGUUGCAAUGUACGGUAUCAAGAGAGUUGACGUACUAUAUGUAUAGUUUGUGUUGGUAGAAUGUGUAGUGCAGGUCCCAAAAUUUCAAGAUCUGUGCAGCAUGCAAAACCUUAAAGGGACAUAAAAUCACUAUGUAUUCGAUAUACCUCCAAUGAAAACUGGCAAGUGGAUAUGUUUGAGCAUUGGUGUAUUGUACAGUGUAAAAGGUUUAAAUUGACUAGCCCUCCCCUGGUAGUUUUUUUUUUUGUUUGUUUUUAUUUAUUGAUUUGUACAAUACAGACUGAUUGACCUGGAUCCCUCUUGCACAUUUUCCUUGCUAGGUACAACUCCCAUUAUGCAGUCCGGUGGUCAGCCUCUCAUACUGACCCAGAAUACAGGAACUGGCCUUGGCACAAUGGUCACUCAGCCUAUGCUUCGACCCAUGCAAGUCAUGCAAAAUGCCAAUCAUGCCAACAGCUCAUCAGUGGCGACGCAGCCCAUCUUCAUAACUACCCAGGUGAGGACAGACAAGUGGACAUUUUAAUAAUUCUGGUAUUGACAUCAGACCCUCUCUCUGUGAUAAACCGUUUCCUCCUUUCUGAGCAGCUUACUCUCACCUUUGAGUCUCAUCUCUGCUGUGUAAUGCAUGAAUGCUGUCAAGUGCAUAUGUAGAUUACUUUUUAUUUCUCUCCCCCAAGGGAUUUCCAGUACGGAAUGUGAGACCUGGACAGAAUAGUAUGAAUGCCAUGAACACUAUGAACCAGGUGGGAAUUGUGCUGAAUGUACAGCAAGGACAGACUGUCAGACCUAUCACUAUAGUGCCAGGUGAGUCUUUUGAAGCCCCUGAGUAAUUAUGUUAGUGGGUUUGCGGUUAUUCGCCGCUAGUCAGACGACAAAAAAGGAGUAUGUUCUAAUUUCCUGUUGUGAAACUGAGCUUGCUGAAUUCAGUUUAUUAAAUACAGUGAGGGAAAAAAAAGUAUUUGAUCCCUUGCUGAUUUUAAACGUUUGCCCACUGACAAAUAAAUGAUCAGUCUAUAAUUUUAAUGGUAAGUGUCUUUUAACAGUGAGAGACAGAAUAAAAAAAAAAAUUAAAAAAAAAAUAUCCAGAAAAACACAUGUCAAAAAAGAUAUGAAUUAACAUACAUGUCAAUGAGUGAAAUAAGUAUUUGACCCCUUCGACUUAGUUCUUGAUGACAAAACCCUUGUUGGCAAUCACAUAGGUCAAACGUUUCUUGUAGUUGGCCGUCAGGUUUGCACACAUCUCAGGAAGGAUUUUGUCCCACUCCUCUUUGCAGAUCCUCUCUAAGUCAUUAUGGUUUUUGAGGCUGAUGUUUGGCAACGCGAACUUUCAGCUCCCACCACAGAUUUUCUAUGGGAUUAAGAUCUAGAGACUGGCUAGGCCACUCCAGUACCUUCAUGUACUUCUUCUUGAGCCACUCCUUUUUUGCCUUGGCUGUGUGUUUUGGAUCAUUGUCAUGCUGGAAUACCCAUCCAUAACCCAUUUUCAAUGCCCUGGCUGAGGGACGGAGGUUCUUACCAAAGAUAUGACGGUAUAUGGCCCCAUCCAUCAUCCCUUAUGAUGCGGUGCAGUUGUCCUGUCCCCUUAGCAGUAAAAAACAAAAACAAAGCAUAAUGUUUCCACCUCCAUGUUUGACAGUGGGGAUGGUGUUCUUGGGGUCAUAGGCAGCAUUCAUCCUCCUCCAAUUUUUAAUAUGUGGAGUAAACUUCUUGAUCCAAGGAGAGCGCUGACUGCCAUUCUGGGGUCAAUAAGAAAGUUUUUCCUGAUUUGUUGCAAAAUGUUUCAUACUGUUUUUUUGCCACCUUUUGGAUCAACAGCAAAAACAGAUGUGAGAAAGGGCCGAUGUAUUUUCAUGUAACUAUGCAGAGUUCUAAAAGUAAGGCAAUCACUUAGUUAAUGUUUGUCACAUCAGAUCGCAUAAUAAGUAGUUAUGCCUGGUUAGGGGUCGUUGGUUAGAUGGAGUGGCUGUCAAUAUGGUAAAGUAUUUAUUUUGUGUGUUGGCUGUUUCACCUUUGGAAUGUGGUGGAUUGGACAUGUAUCUUAACAAAAAUAAGAACCAAAAAUAACUGAACUGUAUUUGUAAUGGGUCUAGACCGGCCACCACUUCUGCCGAGAACCACUUUGUGUACUCCAGGGCAUUCCUCACUUUGGCUUUAAAGGAGUCAUCCAAAGUUAGGAUGUAUAAUCUCCAGGUCAGGAUACAUUUCUUGGCAAGGAUUUCUUUGUUGGUUAGUGUCACCUACCAAUCCAUUUAGAAAAUAAAUUUGAGUUUAGAUAAAAAUAAUUGUAGCGUGGGAGCGUUCGGCUGGUUCCAGACCGGAGAAUGGCCUUGCGUCCAAUCACUGCUAUUAUGAGGAGGAUCCUAUUAUUAGUUAGGGGUUGACCCGGGAUAGGUCCCAAGAGCAAGAAUUCCAGGAUCAAUGGUAGUGUGGGCAUGUUUCCGGUCGUGAGAUAUGUUUUCAUCUCAGUCCAAAAUGUUUAUAUUAGUGUGCACUCCCACAGACAGUGAUAUAAGUCGGCUCUUGUGUGUACGUAUUUGAAACAGGUCGCCGAGUCCUUCCUAGCCAUUAGAUGUGGUCUGCGUGGGGAAUAAUAUGCAACAUGUCUCCGUAAGAGAUGAUAGGAAGGAUUUGGUAUUGGGCUUGGUCCGCCCUCAGGAUGGCUGUAGGAGUUAUGUCAGGGAAGUGGUUUUUCAAGUUUCUCAUGCCUUUUUGAAGUCCAGUCCGGAGUGUUUUGUUUUAACAUGUAUAGUUUAGAUGUGGAAUAAGUGGCUCGUGUCAAGGAGCGCAGCAUGGUGUCUAAUGGGUUCUCCCAAUCCGCUGCUGAGAGUAACAGAGUGGUAGUAGUGCCGCACCUGGAGAUAUGUGAACCAUGGCGUUGGAAGGCCUGGAAAUCGCUCCCUUAUCUCCGCCAGCGUUAAAAUCCUUUUGACCUGCAUGGUCUACUAAGGAAAGGAGAGCCGUGACACCCCGGCUUGCCCACAACGGGAAGGGAUAGUCUGUGUUGCGAGCGAGGGGCACGUGCAGUGAUUUUAAAGAGAGAGCUCCCAUCUUAGAUCGAGCUUGUUUCCAGGCCCUGAUUGGGGUGUGUAUAAGCGGGUUCAUGUGGAUUUUAUUUGAGAGGAGUUGAUGCGGCCUGUGCAGGAGAGCCAGCAGUAAGUCCGGCUCUGCCAGAAAGGACUCCAACGACAACUCCGAAAAUCUAUGCUGGGAUUGGAUCCAAUCCAGUGCAUGUCUAAUUUGCGCUGCUAGGCUAUAUUCUUUAGCAUGUGGCAAGUUUAGUCCCCCUUGAGUGGUGUAUUGGUAUAGAAUUGUAAGGCUAAGGUGUGGUUUGCAUCCCUGCCACAAAAAUGGUUGAAUCUUCUUAUUUAGUAGAGUUUCAUUGUGUUUCGAGAGUAGCAAGGGGAGGACUUGAAGUGGAUAAAGUAGUUUGGGAAAGCGAAUUCAUUUGUAUUGAUUUGCCCUUCCUAUGUAGGAUAAGGGUAAGUUAUGCCAAUGGUCAAGCUCUGAGAAAAUGUUAGCCAAGAUGGGAGGUAUGUUCAGUUUGUAUAGGAGGGAGAUGUUUUUAGGAAUUUUGAUUCCUAGGUAUUUGAGUGCCUGUGAUUCCAUUUUAAGGGAAUUCCACCCAACAUCGGUGGAAGUCGCCUGCUUCGCAGAUCUAGUUCUAAUUCCUCUACAAUUUGUAAACUGAUUCUUACGUCAAAAUAAAUUGCUGCUUUGCAGUGGAUGUAAUGACAUAACAGCCUGUGUGGUGUAUUGCUCCUGGCUGUACAUGUAUCUUAGAUAUUGACUCUGUUUUCUGCCCAGCACCAGGCACCCAGUUCAUGAAACCAGCGGUGGGAGUUCCCCAAAUGUUUUCCCAAAUGACACAGGUGAGACCUGCCCCUGCGGGGCCUGUGCGUUCAGCCACCAACACUUUCACUACGGUCAUCCCUGCCACCCUUACCAUCAGGAGCACAGUUCCUCAAUCUCAGGCUCAAGUCAACAAGACCACUCCCAGCACAUCUACCACUUCUGCUCCCAGUCAGCCACCUGUGGCUCUCCGACAGAUAGCUAUGCAGCAGCCUCAACAGACAGUACCCGUGAGCCAGAACAACCAACAGAAUGCAAACCCCAAACUAGGUGAGACAAUCAUUGUUUGUUCAGUCCUAUACCUGCUAUACCUGUAUUCUUGUCAGCUGGGCCUACAGCAAAAGCAAGACAUAAGAUCUUUUCUAUUGGAAAGCACGGGCAGGUUCCUAUUCAAUUCAUGUUUUAUUUGUAUUUCUACAUAAUUCCAUUUAAUGUUAUUAUAUUUAUCAACAGAGCGAUCACAUGGUCACAAUAGGUGUCCAUGUGUCUGCCUGCAGGGGGAUUGUCCUGACAAGCAGUCUCCCUGCUAGUGUAAAAUCAUUAAAAAAAAAUUAAAGUAAAAAAAUAUAUAAAUAAUAUAUGAUAUAUAUAUGAUAUAUAUAUGAUAUAUAGACAUAUAUUUUAUAUAUGUGUCUAUAUAUAAUGUCAUACUAACUGUAUUUUUAUAUUAAUAUGUACAUAUAUUAAUAUUAAAAUAUACUUAUAAUUAAAUUACACACGUGUGUAUAUAUAAUAUAAAUAACUAUAUUGUAUAUAAAUAUUAUUAAAAAAUACAAAUCAUAAGUAAUUUAAAUUAAAUAAAAACAUGUAAAAAAAAAUCUAUAUGAAAUUUUAUUCUAACUGUAUUUUGAUAGUAAAAUAUAUAUAUAUAUAUCUCUCAAAAUACACUUAGAAUGAAAUUGUAUAUAUAAAUAAAUAAAAAUAAUACAAAAUAUACAUAUGUCGAUAAACAAAAUUACUUAAAUAAUUAUAUAAAUAUACACGUAGACUUCAAAUAUAUAAAUAUGCAUAUAUAUUUAAAUUCUACGUGCGUAUUUAUGUAAUAUUUUUACAUAAUUAAGUAAUUUUAUUGAUUGCAAUUUGAGGGACCUGUCUGCCAACCCAGGUCAAAAGUCCAGAGAAUUUAAUUUGCUAGCACUAUAUUUUACCCUGUAACUUUCUAUGAUACCCUAAAACAUGUUCAUGGGGGGGUACUGUUUUACUCGAGAGACUUCGCUGAACACAAAUAUUAGUGAUUCAAAACAGUAAAACAUAUAUUGCAGCGAUGAUAUUGUCAGUGAAAGUGACUUUUUUUUACAUUUUUCACAUACAAACAGCACUUUUACUGAUGAUAUAAUUGUUGUGAUACGUUUUCCUGUUUUGAAACACUAAUAUUUGUGUUCAGCAAAGUCUCCCGAGUAUAACAGUACUCCCCAUGUACAGGUUUUAUAGUGUUUAUGAAAGUUACAGGGUCAAAUAUAUGGGUCAAAUAUUUUUACUUUGAAAAAGGCCAGGUUGGUUACGUUGCCUUUGAGAACGUAUGGUAGCCCAGGAAUGAGAAUUACCCCCAUGAUGGCAUCCCAUUUGCAAAAGAAGACAACCCAAAGUAUUGCAAAUGGGGUAUGUCCAGUCUUUUUUAGUAGCCACUUAUUCACAAACACUGGCCAAAAUUAGCGUUCAAUUUAGUUUUUUACUUUUUUCACACACAAACAAAUAUGAAUGCUAACUUUGGCUACUAAAAAUGACUGGACAUACUCCAUAUUGAAUACCCUGGGUUGUCUACUUUAAAAAAUAUAUGUGCAUGUGGGGUGUUAUUCAGAGAUUUAUGACAAAUAGUGUUACAAUGUCACUAUUGCUAAAUUUUAAAAAUGUAUGUUUUGAAAACGCAAUAUCCUACUUGUACGUAUAGCCCUAUAACUUGCAAAAAAAAGCAUGUAAACACUGGGUAUUUUUAAACUCAGGACAAAAUUUUGAAUCUAUUGAGCAGUUUUUUCCAUUCGCUUUUGUAGAUUAGUAAAAGAUUUUUCAAGUAAAAGUCAAAAAAGUAUUUCUUUCAAUUUUUCAUCAUAUUUUUUUAAUUUUUUAAAAUUAAAUUACAUGAGAUUAUAUAAAUAAUGGUAGCCACACCUCCUAUUUGCACAAAACCUUUUCCUGUUUGGAAGACCAAAAAUAUUGCUCAGCGUUCAGUGUAAUCUGAGCUGCUGACUUGACUCCACCCCCACAGCCAGUCACUGUCCUUUUAUUAUUUGUUUAAUAUUUCAAAGGAUGGUUUUAAUGCCCCAUUCAACAUUACAUAUUUCCUCACUAGGUGUCAUGAAAUGCUUCAAAGCAUUUGAUUGGACCAUUCUCACCAGCUCAGAGUGCAUUCAGAGUUACGGGUUGCCUGUCCUGAGUGCCAGGAAUACAACUAGACCUGGAAUUCGUGCAAAUAUCUUGCGUGUAGUGUAAGCAGAAACAAUGCAGAUACAGAUUCCUGCUACCGUGACCACUUCUAAAAGAAGUGGUCAUGGUGGUUGGAGUAACCCUUUAAGUUGUGUGUGUAUGUAUUUGCCUAGAGUCCUUUUUAAGCACAAUACAGAAUCAUGACAUAGGGCAUUGAAGAUUUUUUUUAAUAUUUGUAGAUUGCACAUAUUACAUAGAAACCUAGAAUGUGAUGGCAGAUAAAGAACCAUUGGGCCCAUCUAGUCUCCCCAAUUUUCUAAAUACUUUCAUUAGUCCAUUAUAGCUAGGAUAGCCUUAUGCCUAUCCCACGCAUGCUUAAACUCCUAUACUGUGUUAACCUCUACCACUUCAGCUGGAAGGCUAUUCCAUGCAUCCACUACCCUCUCAGUAAAGUAAUACUUCCUGAUAUUAUUUUUAAACCUUUGCCCCUUUAAUUUAAGACUAUCUCCUCUUGUUGUGGUUAUACAGAGUGUAAAAUCAGCAUUGCUGUGAAUAUCUUUGAUAUGUUUGACAAUGCAUUAACUGUCUCCUGGCCUUUUGUUUUUUGUUUUUUUCCCCCCAUGUGUUCCACAGUGAGUAUUGCCAGCUUUGUGGCAGUGAAGAGGCCUGGGGAUACAAAUGACAUGGUGAAGUUUGUGAAUGCAGUGACUGGCAGCCAAACCACUGUUCAAACCACCAGUACCAUGGUUCUUGCCAAUAGUGGUACUAUCAACAAUGCCAACAACGGCAGUCUACAACGUGUCCUUCCAAAUGAGCCCCUUGCCCUGAAAGGUAGGAAGCAAGAACAGUUUUCACCUGACCUGUGUGUUUGUGUUCGUUUGCAGAAAAUUUUUGAGCUAAAUCCUAUUUUUAUUUUCCUCUCUCUGACAGCCCCCACUCCCAGCAAUUCACCCUUUUCAACAACCACAACGUUUGAUGCCUCUGACACUGGGAGGAAGAACUGCCCCAGAUGCCACACACUGUUUCGGGUUACGGAAGCCCUGCGGGGUCACAUGUGUGUAAGUUACCAUGAUCUUUACAAUACUGCAUUUUCCCCUAGAUUCUCUCCUCUAUUUGGGGACUGCUUCAUAGGAUGGAUCUAAACAUACAGCUUUUGUCUACCCAUUUAAACAUGUACACCAUUAGAGGAACUGACCUCUCCGGUGAAACUGUCAAAUUCAAUAUUUAUCUUAAAGUUGGCAGUUAAUCUGUAUUAACAUCAGUUACAUUGCGUCUAAUACAUAUUCAAACUACCCUGUUAUUCACUGUGCAUUGCCCAAGAAUGUGCGUACAGCAAGUCUUCGAAAAAUGAUGGCAUCUUCAAUCACUUGGAAGCUGCUGACGUAAUUUGUUUCUGCAUCCCUUCACUGUACGUUUCACUCUUCUACUAGCCUUUAGCAUUAUUUUUUUUCUUUUUCGCGUUCAUACGGUAAAGUUAAUGCCACUUGACAUACAGGUUGCAAACUUUGCUAUUUUGCCUUAUUUAUUUUAUACAUGCCUAUAGUGCCUAUCUCACCUUUUUGUAUUUCUCACCAGAAAAAUGGUGACCUUUCAACUUUGAAUGCACAUGUUUUUUAUGUAUAAACUGGUUAUUAAACUGUUGUAUGAUUUUUAUUUAUUUUAGUUUUAUUUUUUUAAUCUGAAAGAAGUUCAGUCUACCGAUAAUACCAAUGAAUGAACAGGAGGGCGAUCUGUUUGUAACUAUCUAGCUCUCUGGGUUGUUGCUCACAAAUAUCCACAAAUCCAUUUUUCCCUCUUAAUCCACAGUAUUGUUGCCCUGAUCUUGUUGAUUUCACAAAGAAAAACAAAGCCCAAGAUACUGAACUGACGCUGCAGGAUACACAGACAUCAUCCCCAGAUAAAUCCACGUCCAUUGCUCCUUCUGCCACACCAGACACUAAUUUGCAGUCAAACAGCAAAGGCCAGGAAGCUGGCAGCGAGGAGGUAUCCCAAGGAAAGCUUAUUAUGCUAGUCGAUGAUUUUUACUAUGGACGAGACGUGGGUCGCACCUACCAGAUGCAAGGGUUCCCCAAGGUGGCCACCACUUUCCGUUGCCCACACUGUGCGAAGCGGUUGAAGAAUAACAUCAGGUAGGAUUUGGUGGUAGUUUAAUAAAUACUGUAUAUUAGCUUCAUUGAACAGCAUCCUGACUCAGGUGUUUUUACUUUUUCUAAAUGUCACUACUGCUUCAAUUGUGAUCUCAUUUUACCAGAUUGUGUUCUUUGCAGUCUGUUUGUUUAAUUCUAUUCCCAGUUCUGACACGUCUUUGAUCUUAUCUCUCGUUAGGUUUAUGAACCACAUGAAGCACCACAUAGAGUUGGAUCAGCAGAAUGGUGAGGUUGACGGGCACACAACAUGUCAACACUGCUACCGCCAAUUCUCUACUCCUUUCCAGCUCCAGUGCCAUUUAGAAAAUGUCCACAGCUCCUACGAAUCAACCAGUAAGUAACAUACAGAGGGAAAGGGAGUGAUUCAAUUUGACUAUGUAGUAUAGUUUGUAGCUGCUCUGUCCGAAACAUUGAUCAGACUGGAAAAGCCAAUGAAAAGCAAUGUAAGAAAGGUUAGAGCACCAAUAAGGAGAGGAUAUGCCUGGGUGGCUUUAGAAAAGCCUCUGUCUUAUCUGUAGAUGAGUGACUCUCUCUUUUUUAAUAUCUUGUCAUGUUCUUCUGCUUCUUUGCAGCAAAGUGCAAGAUCUGUGAGUGGGCAUUUGAUAGUGAACCACUCUUCCUGCAGCACAUGAAGGAUACACACAAGCCAGGAGAGAUGCCCUACGUAUGCCAGGUAUUUGAGAGGAACUUUUGAAUAUAUGUGCUGAUUGUAUCAAUUCAAAUUAUUUUACUGUAUUAAAAGAAGGGACUUCUCCAGCUGUGUGGAUGGGAUUGGAUAGUAAUUUGUGCCAGUUUAUUCUUGACCCCAGAUGUCAUUGCUGGAACGGAAGGAAAUGUUAGAAAUAAAAUAUAUACUUUAUCCCUUUGGUCCCCGUGUUAUCUGUUGUCCCCACAAUGCUACAGACAAAGCUUUUCCUUCCCCCUACCCAUGUUAUGUUUGCUUCUUUAUAGGUAUGCUACUACCGUUCAUCAAUUUACGCCGAGGUCGAUACCCAUUUCCGAUUAAACCAUGAAGACUCGCGGCACCUGCUCUGCGUCUACUGCUUAAAGGUGUUUAAGAAUGGAAAUGCCUUUCAGCAGCAUUUCAUGCGACACCAGGUGAGAUGUUCUUUCUUUUUACACUUAAAUCAAAAUGCACACAAUUGCACGUUGAGGGAGAAGCUUUCUGUAUGGUUUGUAUUGAACAUUUUUCAAGGAUCGCUCUGGGCACCAUCACCAUUUUAUCACAAUGGAGUUAUGGUGCAAGAAUGACUCAGGCACCAUCUUACUUUACUACGUUGUUAUGUAGUCUUCAAUCUGGUGCCCAAUUACUCUUCUCCUUUACAUUCAUUCCAGUAAGAGGCUUUGGUCAGGAAGCCCCGGCCUGGGUACUACUGAUAGGCUGAUCAGUAGUUCCCUAUUCACAAAAGUGAGUGAAAAAGAUACACAUCAUAUGUGGUUUCAUACCUUACUGUGCUCACAUUGCACUUUACCUUUUUUAGUUGCACACACAAUAUAUUAGACACAAUUGAUCUUAUAUAAUUGGAUAACACAAAUUGCAAUGGACUACUCUGUUGUUUUUUUGGAAAUGUAUAAUCAUUGCAAAGCAACAGCAUAGAAAAAAAAUGAAAACGUGCCAAAGCGCAAUCUUUUCUUGGAAAAGGAGGCUACUAGAAGAAAAUCUACGUUAUGGGUUAUACUUUAAUUAUUCCUUUCUUCCUAUCCUAAAAAUAUGUAUUGCUAGUAAUAGUCUUCCUGCGAAGGGUAGUAGAUGCCAAUUCCAGCACUAAAGUUCAAGAAAACUAGAGAUUUGAGACAUGACCUCCUCGUGAUGAAGAAUGUAUUCUGGACUUUUGUAGUGAGAAUGGACGGGCUCCUUUGGACAGUUGGAGUUUGUAUUAUGUCAAAUUUUAUGUGUGAUUUGAGUUAGAUCAACAUGGGAGUGAUACGUAUGGAAACUUUUAGCCUGCAUAUCAUAAUGUGCGUUUCUCUGUGUGGCUUUCUCUUUUUAUCUGUCCACAUCACCCAUUCGACUAGAAGAAGAGUGUAUAUCACUGCAACAAAUGCCGCCUUCAGUUCCUCUUUGCGAAGGAUAAGAUAGAACACAAACUGCAACAUCACAAGACUUUCCGCAAACCCAGACAACUGGAGGGGCUGAAACCCGGUACCAAGGUGAGGCCUAUUCACACAUUCCACACCAUUUACAUGCUCUGUUUGGGGGGAGUCCACUUGCUCUAUCAAUUUAUAGUUGCUCUGUACACAGCUCUUUAAUUUCCUCCUACAGGUUACUAUCCGGGCAUCACGAGCUGCACCUCGACCCCUUCCUCAUUCUCCUUCGGACACCCCAUCUUUGCCCUUGCCAGACAUGGAUACAGAGUCGAUUGCACCCUCUACAGACUCGCAGAGUGUUAACUCUUCACAGCAGGGAAACAUCCAGUUACGGUCAGUGUGUUAGGCCUUUAGGUUGAAAACUCACAUAGUGAUGUCACUCUUUCCCAGUGUUGAGAAUAGUGUCUGGCUUGCCUGGUAUAUACAGUGAACGCAACCAUAUAGACACCCCUAUUUUGUCUGUCCCACUGGUUUGUGUUGAACAUGCAACGUGCAUUGUGUACCCCACUCCUACGGCACCAACAGAAUUUUAUGUUGACUCUGUGUUUCAAUCUUGUACCACCACAACUAAAGCUUAAUUUAAUCCAGUCAUUCAGAUGUACUGUCUUUUACUGACUGCUAAUUAAUCACAUGUGCAACACAGAUAUAAAAAUGUUGAAUAUUACCGUUUGAUAUAAUUGAGAUGCUUAGCAUCUAUGCCUAGAUUGACAGUAAAGCAGAACUAUUGUGACUAUUUUCACUCCUAUUGUGUACUCGUAUAAUGAUUGUGAAAUAACUCUUAGCUGGUUUGUUACAUCAAAAUAGUUUUCAACCAUUAUUCCCAUGCUAAAUCAGGGGGCGGUCACUGAAAUCCCAAUAACUGAAUAUUGAGAGUAGUGUUUUCAUGCCUUUUGGAGUUCCUGAUGGUUUGUGUUUCAUUUUCAGAACCCCUUUUGGGAAGCCAUCUUGUCUAGAGUGCAGCUUCAAUGUUCCAGAUUUCAAGAACCACUUCCCAACCUACGUGCACUGCUCUCUAUGCAGAUAUCGCACAUGCUGUUCUCGGGCCUAUGCUAACCACAUGAUCAAGUAAGUAUAAAUGUGUUACAGCAUCAGAAACAAUGUAAACAAUCUCGUUGAUAUACUCUACUGAAACCAGGAUUGAUCUCUUCCAGUAAUCACGUUCCGAGGAAGAGCCCUAAGUAUUUGUCGUUGUUUCGAGGCUGUUACCCAAGGUAAGUCCUAGAUUAGUUGGUUUCUUUUGACCUUAUGGUUGUGACAUCCAAGUCCUAUAAUCCUUCUCUGCUUUCCCUAGUGAAGUGAUGGCUCUGGCUUGCUCAUCGUGCCUAUUUGUGACUCGGAUAGGAGAUGCUAUGGCUAAGCAUUUGGUCUUUAACCCAACUCACACCUCAAGCUCAGUUCUAUACCCAAGUAAGAGUCAUUUGUUGCAACAUAUUUUUCCAUAGGUAGAACCAGGUAGUACAAGUAGGAACAGGCCAUUUACCCAUUUUAUUAUCUUAAUAAAAUCCAAAAUAUUCAUUGGUAUACUGUUCUGUCCCUAGCACAUGUUAAUAUAUCUGCUUGUUUGAUAUACCGUAAGUUACAUUGUGUUGUAUAAAUGUUGUAAAGCAUAUUUCAGAUCUUCUCACAUUAGCAAUAUAUGCAGUGUAUGCAUUUCACAUUUUAUCUUAUUUUUAUUUCUCAGAUUCAUCCUCUUCGUGCUUCUUAAGGUAAUUGUAUUAAACUUUAUUUCUGAUAUUUUCUCAUUUCUCAGUGUAACAAGUUGUUUUCAAUGUAAAAAUAUUUUACAGUUUUUAUAAAGUUUGUGAAUAAAUAAAAACAAAGUGCAAAAGUGUGCACUCAAUUAAAGUGCAAUGGAAAGUAAAAACUAAUCCGGAACUACCGGUAGUGCCAAAUUGCUAGCAAAUUCAUAGAGAAUAUUUCUUUUAAAUGUGCAUAGAAUUAAAAAUCUACAAAUAUGGCUGUUCAUCGUGUGCACGAGUCCACCACCGCCGAGAUACUGCUUUUAGUCAUGUGGGCACCAAUUUCAAAGACGUAAACGCAGCCUUCUGUUUGUAAAUUUUUAUCUAUAGAUUUCCUCUUAGUACUUUAUACCCCAGAUUCACUAUAUACAAAAAUCCAAGACUUACUACGUUAGUCACUAAACACAUUUCACAUGUUAAAUCUUUGUCAAAACUUAGCCAGUAAUAGCCAGAUUGUGACUAUAGCUUAGAUGGAAAAUUGUUCAAGUUCAACUUUGAAAGAAAACUGCAUCACAUGAGGGGGAUUAACAGAAGUUCUAGUUAAUUGUCAAUCUUUUGUUCAACAAUGUAGAUUUAUUAGAAUUCUGAGGGGUGAUGUUGACACUUUAUUGAUGUCUUAUAGUACAUAUCACUUAAAUAAGUUCAAAAAAUUUAUUUGCUGUUGAUAUUCUCAAUAAACGUAAAUUAAUUUUUUUAUAUAUAUAUAUUUAUUUAUUUUUCUUCUAUUCCAAAUCUGUUUUUGUUUUGUGUUGAACCACAGGAUAACUGAAUCCCGGGACAAGAGCCUGAAGAGCUCUAACAAACUAAGCGAUGAUAAAAGUGAUAAGGCAUUUGAGCCUAAGCUGGAAGAUGUGUCACCUGUUUCAGAGACUCGUAGCAAGGCAAAGGAUAAGCCAAUUAAUGUGGAUGAUCUUGAGGACAUUGAAGAUGAACAGCUGAAACAAACUGAAUCACAGAACAAGCAGGAGCAGCUGAGCGUCAAGAAGCUUCGUGUUGUGUUAUUUGCACUUUGCUGUAACAUAGAACAGGCUUCUGAGCAUUUCCACAACUCACCACGCCGCAUCAGACGCUGGCUGCAACGGUUCCUGACUUUCCAAGAGGAGAACCAGGAAGGCCUGUCCGAGGGCAAGUACCUAGGCGCAGAAGCAGAGGAAAAAUUGGCAGAGUGGGUGUUGACUCAGAGAGAGCAACAACAGCCUGUAAACGAAGAAACACUCUUCCAAAAAGCCACCAAGAUUGGACGUUCUUUAGAAGGAGGAUUUAAGAUCUCUUAUGAGUGGGCAGUAAGGUUCAUGCUUCGACACAACUUGAGCACACACUCCAAAAUCACUGUUGCUAAUCCUUUGCCUAAGGAAAUGGAAGCCAAUGCUCAGACUUUCUUAGAGUUUGUGCAGCGGCAAAUACACAAUCAAGACCUCCCACUGUCUAUGAUUGCUGCUGUAGACGAAAUCUCCUUGUUUCUUGACAUGGAAUUGCUGUGUAGCGAUGAGAGGAAAGAAAAUGCAUUACACACAGUGGGAACAGGGGAGGCUUGGGUGGAUGUGGUGCUUACAAUCUUAGCUGAUGGCAGCCUACUGCCCACACUUGUAUUCUCUCGCAGCCGUAACACUGCAUUAAGGGGAGUUCCAGACUCAAUUUUAUUGGAAACCAGAGAGGACGGUUAUACAGAUGACGAAAUCAUGGAGCUUUGGUCUUCUCAGGUGUGGCAGAAACACACAGAGUGUCAGAAUAAUAAAGGCAUGGCUGUGUUAGAUUGCCAUCGAUCUCAUCUUUCAGAAGAGGUUCUGUCUGUCCUAAGCACCACUUGCACCUUGCCUGCUAUUGUCCCUGCAGGCUGCAGCUCCAAAAUACAACCUUUGGAUGUCUGUAUAAAGAGGGCAGUGAAGAAUUUCUUACACAAGAAAUGGAGAGAGCAAGCUCUGGAGAUGGCUGAGACCAGCUGCGAUUCAGAAACCCUGCUGCAGCUUGUGCUGAUUUGGCUGGCUGAAAUAUUGGAAGUAAUUUCCGAACAUCCAGAACUGGUACAGCAGUCAUUCCUUGUUGCCAGUGUUCUUCCUGGGCCUGACGGAACGGCGAACUCUGACAAGCGAAAUGCGGAGAUGCAGGAGGAGCUGAUUAACCUGCUAGAGGAACAGUUGAAACUCAACAGUGGUGAACAAGAUGAUGAUACUGACCAAUGCAAUGACAGCCAACCUGAGGAAUACGCUGACCCAGAUGUUCUCCAACAGCUAUUUGAGGGAGAGAGUGAUACUGAGUCUUUCUAUGGUUUUGAGGAAACUGAACUAGAACCCAUGUAAAUAUUGAUCUAUCCUCCUCCCAAAUUAGUUUGAUGUUGGGCUAAAGCAUUCCACGUAACAUCAGGGUUUAGGAUUUUUUGACUGAUUUAAUAGCAUUAGUUUUGUUUUUUGUUUUUUGUUCUUCUCCUGACAAUAUUUUUGUUUUCUUUUCCCUCCCCUUGAGAUGAUACGGCCCUUUGCACAUCUUCCUUUUCCAUUUACUGUAGCUCCUGACAAAGUGUCCAAAAAGAAAUAUCAUUGUUUUAGUAUGGAACCCCACUGUUACUUUUCCAACCUCAAACAAAUAAUUAUGAAUCUAUUUUCACAUUGCAAGCUGAAUUGUAAAUUGUACUCAAUAGUUGCAUAUUUUCAGAGUUGUGGGCAGGCACACCCUCUCUCUUCCCCCCACGCCCCCCCCCUUUUUUUUUUUACCCUCCACCCCUCCCCCCCCAUGUUGGAUUUAUGCGCAAGACAACCAGCGAUGGUGUUUGAUUUGGUAGAAUUCCCCUCAAAGCAACCACUAUUCAAAUAUAAAUUUAAACUUUUAAUUGCGGUGCCUUCCCCUACACACAGCAUCGUAAGAAUAUCUGAUGGGGACUCUAUUCUUCUGAUAUGCUUAAGAGAAUGGGCUGCUAAUAAACUGCAAAAAAAAAAUGAAAUCGAGCCUGUGGUCCGACUGGUACACUACUAAUAGGGGGUAACCCCAGGAUAGAAACUUGUAGGAGAAAGCGGAGAAUAGUGUACCAUGAAGGGGAACUGGGAUAUAAUAUGCUCUGAAUAGAGUGCCAGCUGCCUUCCAGACUAGGAACAAUCAAAUAAAGAAAAUAAAUACAUUUUAUUGAAAUAGUCAAAAUAGUCUGAAAUAAACUUAUAUACAGUGGUGCUCGUGUGCAAAAGUGUAUAAACCAACAGGUGUAUGAAAGGUAAGUAAAUAACCAGCUACUAUGGUAAUUUGUAAAGGUUCAGUCACUAUAUCCCCAACUUUCUAUUCACAAUCGGAUAUAAAGACCGGUAUAGGAUAGGCAUGUAAAUAGCUAGAGGCUAAUAACCCUAAAUGCUGGUGGAUGCUAACUUACUAAAUAUAGUCAAAUGAAAAAUAAUAAUGUUGGAAAAAAAAACCUGUUGAGGGAUCAUGAUGUGUAAUAACACCUAGUCUAAUAAAGAUAUACCCAUGCACACGUCUGUGCCAUGGUAUAUGUCAGUAUAAAUUGGCCAAGAGGGAAAGUUGUCUAAGCCAUAGGAAUAUAAAUAUAAUUUCAGGGGAAAUGGGGAGCAAAGGUAAGUAAUCAACCAUAUAUGAGGCUGCUAAUAAAAUAUCAUCGCUGUUUGUCAUCUGCACGUGCUGUGAAUCUUACCCAUCCUUAUAUGAUAUAGUGAAUAGUAUGCGGUUACCCCCUUAUUAUAACAUGCAUGUUCAUGGUGGAGUUCUUUUUUUUUUUUUUUUUUAAUUCCCACCGCCCCUUCCUUCUUUCUUUCCUUUACUACAUAUUAACAGAUUAGAAGUCAGGAUAUUGCAGUCCUAAAUUAUAUAGCUAAAUUGUUCAACAGGAAACAGGGAGUGUGUAAAUGAUUAAAAAUAAUGUAUAUAAGUGGAACCACAGAAUAAAUAUGGGCGAGAAGUGAAUCUGUGUUUUUAUUAGGUUGAGAUGUGAAUUAUUUUUUCUUUUUAUAUAUAUAUAUAUAAAGUGUUCUGUUAAUUACAUCCUUCUGUGUGUGUUCCACUUUUUAAAAAAAAAUUUGGUACUACAAUAAAUAACAGUAUUUUAUAAAAAAAAAAGAGAGAAACAAAACUUUUUAAAAAUAGGCCCGAUUAUCGCAUCCUACAUUUGUAAUGUAAUUUAUUGCAUUCCUAAAUUGAUUUGAGUUUCAUUUUUUUUUGCCAAUUUCAUUAUCGUCUGUUUUGUAUUUUGUGCUCUUUAUAGUCCAAACAGAAUGUAAAAAAACAAAAACUUGAUUCUUUAGUGUAUAUUGCAGAAUAGCCCAUAUAAACAUUCAACACACCCCCACUUCCACCUCCACUCCAUUUAUUGAUGUGAUUCUGAAGGAGGCAGGUACAAAUGUAAAUGUGGUGCAGGAAAGUCUCCCAGCAAAUAGCUAACCUUGUAAAAUAGAUAUGGAUUGGUAUUCACUCAUCCAACCUAGCUAGGAAAACCGAAUUCUAACUGCUUUUUUUUUUUUUAAUUUAUUUUUUUUAAUUUCCAAUAAACAUCUCUAGUAUUAACUAUUUCAA